AUGCCGACUUCCCGUGUCAACCCGUACCACUGUGGCACGGCUGCUCCGAUUUGGUUUCGUGGACAACACCCGUCAUCUGCAGAUCUAACUGUAACUGUCCAGGCGCGCACAAACUUCUUUAACCUCAGCAAUGGUUGCCACCAGCCAUUCAACGUAAAAAUAAGGCAGUGUAGUGGGUCACUGCCAUUCUUCGUCUACUAUCUAAAACCAACAUGUUCGUGCGCUGUUGCCUAUUGCGCCCGUAAGGAUACUGUCUAGUGAUAACCGUUCUCGGUGUUAGUUCUGUCGUGUUGGAUGGGAAAUUCGGGUUUGAAUUUUCUGGUUUGUGAAACCUCUAAUACUUCGAGCUAGUAGUUUGUUUCCAUGGGAAAAAGUCAAAUAAAUAUGACCCUUGAUGCAGUUCCGGUUCUCUAACCACGAGCUUUUCAAAACCGAUUAGGGAUUAAAGUUCAAAUUUCAUUCGUUUAAUUUUGGCAAUAAUAUAAGUACUUCCCACAGGACAGAAACAUGAACAAUUGGAACAUUCUAAUCGUUAAGAAAUAAAAGCAGUACUUUUUGUUUCUAUUAUUAUUCAAAUUAAAAGCCAACUGAUGAUUUUGACAGUUUCCCGAAAGGGUUGAAAUAGAGAAUUCAUUGAUUGAAACUUCAUUCCUGCUUGUACCGGCACCGGAAAUUGCAAAGUUGUCAGAUCAUGGAGGGGGUAUUAUGAUUUAUUUUUUAGUUCAGAUAUACGUUAGAGUAUAAAACACAGAGCUGUAGCUGUCAUUCCAUCGAUCAAUAGUUUGUUUAGGGCUUACUUUCGAUCAGUACUUAGUUACCAUGGUACUUUCUUACCAUCGAUCAAUAGUUUGUUUACGGCUUUCUUUCGGGCAAAAAAAAAUGAACUGAAUGUAAAAGGUAAAAGAGAAAUAGCGAAAAAUUCAACUUCUAAUUAAAUCUUUUCUUAUUGUUGAAUAAACUAUUCUCGAAACUGAGAAUGUUUUGAUCAAAGGUGUGUAAAUCGAACUGAAACUGUGAAUGGAACCUUGCGUGUCCUGUAUAUAUCUCACCUAUUGUAUGGAAUAUGUGUGAAAAUCUUCAUUAUGAAUCGGUAUAUUUCAAAGAGCUACACAACGAGCAAGAAUACUAUCGCCCACUUCGGAAAUGAGUGAUAGCCUGGGACCAAACUAAGCGCACGCCCGUUUAUGGGAUUGUUUGGGGGGACGCGAAACAAACAUGGCGGAAAGCAAAGUUAAAUGUGGCGGGGUUAAAAAAGCUCAAAACAGCCAAAAGGAAGGUGAUAAUGAAAGAAAAAAAAAACAUGAAAAUGUGAAGCUAAAGGAAGAGGAUGUGCCUGGGGCUAUUUUACCGCUUUCAUAGCUGUUGUGCCCUUGUAAGACGAAUAGCAAGCUGACUGCAUAUCUAGUGAUGACGGGCUUUCAGCCCGAAUUUCAACAGCAUCAAUGAUAUGCACAGUCCUUGGGUACAGCUCCUUAAAAAUGUUUGGCAAAUACUGAUGUAAGACCUCUUUUCUUGUUGGAAGGCGAAUUUAACCCUCAUGAACCGCACCCAGGUAUUAAACACAGUGGAAACAGUUGUUUCAGUGAAACAUUAAAUCUAUGUGCUAAAUCCUUUUGAAAUAAACUUAUCUAAGUCAAAAUAAACUCUUCAAAUAUACUCAUUGAUCCGGGUCUUUCUAGCCUUUGCUCAGGACUGGUGUUUUUUCUUCGCGUAGGAGCCAUAAUUUAAGUUCUGGGCCUUGUCAUGUAACAUGUCGCAAAGAAGCAUGAGUGCAUCCCAGUGUGGAAGGCCAGUGUAAAAUUUGAUAUCUUCAUCCUUUUCCUUAAAUUUUGAAAUGUUAAACUUCGGAUUUUUCAGAGCAAGCUGAGGUGUCUUUGAAUCUCUCGAUCGUCAACUCGUCUUUUUCUUUUGCUACUUCUUCGCCAGUCGAUUUUAAUUAAAAUUCCAAUCGAUCGACAAAUUCUCCGGUUAUUUCAGUUUUGCGUCACAGCGUCACAAAAGGAAGAGUCGGUGAAACACUGUUACCUUGAGUGUCCACUUGAAUCUGCUCAACUGACACUUCAUUUACUGAAUCAGCCUCACCGUUUAUUUCGGUACAAGAAAUGUCAGUGUUUCUUUUCCUGGCUCUUGAAUUCGAAGUUACCUCUGGCCUGUAUAGAAUUCGUCGUUGACGUUUCUUUUCACUCCAAGGAAAGAUAGAUGGUAGAUGAGUUCUAUUGCGUACUUCGCUUUUCAAAACCAUCCCAAUGGGCAGAGCAAAUCCGUGUGCAACCGGAGGUCAAAUUCAAAUUAUCGUCCGAAGCAAACGUACAUGUUCUCGCCGGAUACGUCUUGCAUUGGGCAUUCGCUAAAAUGCUAGAUCAUGGGAGUUCUUGAAAUUAUUUGGGCACAAAGGCACACACCAAGUUGCAUGUCCCGUCAUUAUUCCAGGUGGCUGAUCGGGGUCUUCUUCCCCGCCCAAACGAUCCCAUAAACGCGGGCGAGCUUAGUUUGGCCCCAGGCUAUCACUCAUUUCCGAAGUGGGCUAUUGAGCGACAAUAUACAGAGCGGGGGCAGCUGUAGUGUCAACUAUUACUGGGCACGUACUACCAUCCAGGAAUUGUAAGUUAAGUGGUAAGGAGGAGUAAAGAAGCUUGUUUCCUUUGACUACGCGCUUUUGAUCAUAUUUGCAGGGAAAAGGCGCGUUAUAAAUUAUUUGUUAUUAUUUCCGACUGUGUGAUUGACUUGGUGUCUUCUGUGUCAUUAAAACACUACAUGCAUGGCCAUUUUCAGGAUCUUGUUGAUGAGAAACAUUAACACAGAGCCUCAAUAGACGCGCACUACUAUAUCGACCUAUCGGCUUCGCACUAAUUUUCCCACGAACGAAUGCGAUUUACGAUACCCCGUUGAUUAAUCCCUUAUUCCAUAGGCGUAUCUUAAAUGCGAAGCAAACAAACAUGUUCUUGACUCAUGUACAUUUCAGCCAGCGAACUAAUAUUCACGCGGUUACAGCAAGAAAAUGAGCCUCUCUAACUGUAGUCCUUGUCUUAUCAUGACGAUGAAUGUUGUCACGAAAUUUAAGAAAAUUCAAACAGUGAGGGCUGCCACAAAAUUGUGUGCAACAUAACCACUUAAAACGUUAUAAACAACACAGCGAACACAAAAGAAGGAACGAAUGAACCAGGCUUAAAAAAGAUUGGAACGGAUGGCAAUUGCAGUACUUAAAAACCAGUUAGCCUUGCAUUUUUUCAAACUUCAUUUUUGUUGAACGUUUGACAUAAUGCUUUGGGAAAUAUUUAAUACGAAACUUGCGAAUUUCUCAUUUACAAGUAAAAUCCUCGCAAACAUUAACUUCUUUUAGCGAAUUAAGGAAUGCAUUAUUACAAGAAACUAACAGCCGUGACACAGCCCCUUUAAUAAAGCUGGAGACUAACAAUGGGCGUCUCACAUGGGAAGUUUGUUGGGGUUUUAGCGUUUUGUUUUUAUUAUUUGAAACGGGGUAUGCAUUAAAAAUACGGCGAGUGUACGGGCAUACACAGUAAUUUUUAGGGAGUUAUUAUAACUCCAAAAAUGAGUAAAAAUUUUAGGUACAGGAUAACCCCUUUUAGUAAAAUCCAACUAGCAGACUAUUAUCAAUGCUGCGUUCUGAUUGGUUGAGCUACUUGUAGGCUAUAUGUUAUAGCCCACUAGUAGCGAAAAGCGCCGGCUUUGAAAAUCAAAACAAUGGCGGCUGAAUCUCGUUUUGCUAGCUAAAGUUGUUUUUGUCUCGAUAUUUUUGAUUAACUAGUUGGAUUUUACUAAAACAAUUAUUCCUCUCGCCCUCAUGGCCUCUGAGUCAAUAGCCCAUGAGGCCGCUAUUGACUCAGAGCCCAUUCGCUAAAAAAAAUUACUGUGUACGUACAUGUAUAGUAUACCACCGCCCCUAGGUAGGUCAUCGUAUUUUUCAGUCAUUUUAGGCUCAAGAGUUACAUUUGUCUGACGCUAUAAAUAAACUAGUAAUAACCAAAGGUUAUAGAGUGCGGGCGGGCUUUUGCUCCAACGUAACCUGUGAUCAGGUGUCCUUCUUCUCUUUUUGUUUUGAAAAAAAAAAAAAAAAAUCGCCUGAUCGCACGGUAGCUCCAACUGGCGAUGCUUUGGGCAAGUUUCACACGACAGAUAGUCAAAACACGCCUGAUCAGAUUACGAGGGGUAGAAGGUUUAGACGCGCGUGAUCAAAUUGCGUUUUGUACGUUCCAUUCAUUCUAAGUGGAAGUCCAAACGAAUGCUGGCUACAUACAUGCGACGCAUGCGCAAUAACAACCUGGAGAUUAGGAUUGCGGGCUUCUCUUGUCGCCCGCAAUAAAUACGUGUAUCAACUCUACACAGGCCGCUUUUGAUAUGUUAAAAUCCAGCAUGAUAGAGUCCUGAAGGAAAAAAAAUGCAAAGUAGAUGACUAAGCACUUUCUUUAAUUUGUUGGUGUCAUCCAAGACUCGCUAUCACGCUAAAUUUAAAUAUAUCGAAAGUUAUUUGGCUCAUGUUUCUUUGCAGGCACUAUAAAACCAUGCGGUUAUGGACAAGUGUAUCUUAUGAAUCAAUGUGUUGGUAAGUUUCGACUUUGAAUUCUGCCUAGACCGUAUAUUGCUUGAGUCCACUAAGAAUUGGGGGUGAGUUACAAUGUAGGGGCGUCGUCCACACGAAUCGACGGGCAGGCUAACGCGACACAUAACCGGUAUCAAUUGUCUCACGAAUUCGCAGAUCAGUCGGAUUCAGAAGAGAUUGCUCUAGGGAGAUGCGGUUUCAGAGGAGGGGAUUCACAGGCUUCGCGUACACGGAAGGCGGGUUCAAGUGAACGAAAACAAAUAAAAAAAUGUAAUAUAAUAAUAAUAAUGAUGAUAAUAAUCAUGAUAAUAAAUACAAAAUUUAUUUUAUUUCAUUUUAUUGAUAACCACAAUUAUAAUACUACAAAAAAGCGUUUCAAUGAAGAUUCACUAACAAACAUUAGACUAAAGCCAAAGACAAUUGAUUACUACAAUGCUUACAGACAUUAAACCAGAACAACAAGGUCAUUAAUAUAUAGUUCAGUUAAAUAAGGGAUCAGUAUGUAUUUUCUUUUGAGAGAGCUUCCCAGCUAAAACAAAUCUUGAUGACAUUUUUUGGCACGUUUUUAAUUAUGUAUAUUGAUUGAUACCCCCCACCCUCCCCUCUCUUUUAUCUAUACAAACCCCUUGGACAUAAAGCGUUCAUUUGAUUUCUGCAUAGUUUUUGCAGCGGGGUGCGGGGGGAAGAGACGAGGUCUGAGACCGAGAAACUAUGUUCACACAACUUGUAAAGCCGUUACCUUCCCUGGUGGUCAGCGGAUAAUUGCAUGCAGUAUAAUUUUUCUUUUCUCAAAGCAUAGAAACGUAAAUAUGUCCCAAAUUAAAUAUUUUAGGAGCGAGAAGCGAACCAGUAGUAAUAUCGUGCACCUUUACUUUUCUCGCAUAUCGUAUUAGUCCUUUGGUACUGAAAUUGCAAGGAAAUCCAAAACGCAAGCGACAGUCUCUGCAGCAGUGUAAAUUCUAAACCGACUACAAAACGCGCGCUGGACCAUGAUCUUUCGAGUUUAUAGGUUACAUCGUUUUCGCCCGGCGAGAAUAUCAGAAGAUUAUAUAAGUUAUGAUGCUGAUAAUGAUUACUGGAGAAAGUGUCAAAUUUAUCGGAAGUAAGUCUAUUCAAGAGAGCUUAUAAAUAUUAUAAAUAUGAGCUUACACACCUGAAUAAAUGGAUUCACACGUCAUAUUUAUCACGAUCAGUUCAGCACCUUAAAUUCAAAGUUAAAAUUCAAAACAAUCUUAGUAAACAAAUUACAACUAUUGCUGAGAGCUCUGUACCUUGAAGUGACCUUACCUUCCCUUAGGUUAGUAGCAAAACACUACUCAAUAGCUCAGCUCUUCGGCGGUUCUUAUCAGCCUUGCUAGUGGAUUUGCUUAUUGAUCAUGCGCAUUUAUCCAAACUUAAAGAUAACGGUUUUUGAGAAGUAACAAAAACAUGGCGGUCGAAGGAGUGAAUGCUUCUCACUAUUAAAUUUGGGUAAUUCACAAUUUUGUGGAUUUUUUUGUAGCUUUUCCGCAAGCAUCGUAUAUAAGAAAAUGUAUGGGAUUUAGCUUCCCCCCUGGUUUAUUUUGUUGUUAGUUGAUGUUGUUGCUUAGUUUUUGUCAAAUCUGGAUAGCCGAGAAUUUAAUUAAGGGGGAAAUGUUUUAGAGCUGAAAGCCACGAAUCGACCAAUGCACAUGUAGUCAUACAGCCUCACUCAAGCCUGAAAGAAAUCCUCUCCGAUAACACUUAGAGUACUCCUAACGUGUUCAGGUUGGGUGGGAAUUGCGUAGUCUUUUUCAUACAACCACACCUGGAGAAUUUUAUUUAAAAAAAAAAUACAACACUGGGAUGGUUUUCUAUAACAAAAAUACAGAAAGCGAAUAAAAUACCCUCCACGUUGAGAUCGACUAUUAAUCUUUUUAAAGAGUCCUAAAAUUCUGCUAAUAAAAUUAUUUUUUUUAACUAAGGCCAUCCCCCUUUUUUUAGCGUCGAAUGCGUUUUCUGAUAUUGGGUCGGUGGGUAGGAUUGAAAAAAAAAAUCUAAAAAAAAAAAUCACAAGAAGUCUCGGAAUAGUAGGCCCUUGGACGACGUUAAAAGUUAACAUAUUUGGAUUAAAAAAAUGCACAAUAUAGUGUAAAAAAUAAUCGUGUUUUGGUUCCUGUUGUUCUCUGUGCUGUUAUACUAUGCUUAUUUUUCAGAUUAAAAGAAUUAUUUCAAGUGAAAAAUGGUUUAACUACGUUGUUACAUUUUUUUUUUCUUUUUGACAAUCCCAAAAAUUUGGGUCGGUCGGACGACGCUAAACGGAGAGAAAAAAGAGGAUGGCUUAACUGAUUACUAGAAAGUAAACGUCAUCCACAGAGAGACAAAGAGGAGUUACGCAAAUAAGUAGUUGCUAGAAUUUUUUUCUGUUGUUUAUUACAGCUGCACCAGCAGAAUUUAACAGAGAUUUCCUUGGUGAGCCAACAAUAACGCAUUAUCAACCCGAUCAGCAUUCCGCUGAAGUAGCCCUUAAGUGUGAAGUUCAAGUAAAAGAUUUUAUCCGUUCGUGGACAAAUGUCACAUACCAAAUAACUUGGUAUUCUGAAGGGAAACAUUUAAAGACGGAUAACAGCAUUUGUGCACGUUUGCCAGCGCCACCGUUGGGCAGCACUAUAAUCCCAGACUACGACAGUCCUUGCUUAAACAACGGAAGGCCAUUGUUUUCUAGACUUGAGGGGAUGGAGUACAAGUUGAAUCGUUUGGUAUGUUAAUUGAAACAGUCCACAAAUGAUUUUUUAAAGCGAUAUAUAUAUAUAUAUAUAUAUAUAUAUAUAUAUAUAUAUAUAUAUAUAUAUAUAUAUAUAUAUAUAUAUAUAUAUAUAUAUAUAUAUAUAUAUAUACCUGGUUUUUUGAAAACCGGGCUACUAAAAAAUGUCAGUCUCUCGCACUGAUUGUUAAUUUGAUGGCCCUUGUUACUUGAAAAGUAAAAUCUCACCUCAAAAAGAAAUUAUUGAAUACAUGAGCCUCCAUUUGAUAGAAUCGUCUAUCUUGAAGGUAACAAAAGUGACGUUUUCCUCAUUAAUCUGGAAAAUAAGGCAUUUUAAGAAGCAAUUUUUAGUGUCGGUGUCACCGAUUGCAAAGCCAAUUCCCCAGUUCACCCCAUUUUUAAUUGACGCUGGUCUCCCAAAAACAAUCUAAGCCAACACUGCUCAACAAAACCAAGUCCUAAAACCAGCAGUUCAACUGCUUGCUGACUAGGAACAUUCUGAACAGAGUGGGUCAUUGCUUACAUGCAAACAGCACAAACAAACUGCAUAAGAGUGCAAAAACAAAUCAAACUUUACAACAACCCCACUCCCCUGCAAUUUAACCAGGCUACCCCAAAUGCAUACCAGACGAUAGCCCCAUGUCUGUGCAACAACAUGGCACCCGGCCAGACACAACCCCCCCUUAAUUUGAGGGAGACAUUGAGCUUUGAAAGACAGGGGUAGCCCUGGUACAAAAACUCAGCGAAUCCGCACUCUAGCACAAAGCAUAGUCUUUAUAACAACCCCACCCCCCUGGAAUUUAACCAGGCUACCCCCAAUGCAUACCACAUGAUAGCCCUGUGUCUGUGCAACAACAUGACAGCCAGCCAGACACAACCCCCCCUUAAUUUGAGGGAGACAUUGAGCUUUGAAAGACAGGGUAAGCCCAGGUACAAAGACUCAGCAAAUCUGCACUCUAGCACAAAGCAUAGUCUUUACAACAACCCCACCCCCUGAAUUUAACCAGGCUACCCCAAAUGCAUACCACAUGAUAGCCCUGUGUCUGUGCAACAACAUGACAGCCAGCCAGACACAACCCCCCCUUAAUUUGAGGGAGACAUUGAGCUUUGAAAGACAGGGGUAGCCCUGGUACAAAAACUCAGCGAAUCCGCACUCUAGCACAAAGCAUAGUCUUUAUAACAACCCCACCCCCCUGGAAUUUAACCAGGCUACCCCCAAUGCAUACCACAUGAUAGCCCUGUGUCUGUGCAACAACAUGACAGCCAGCCAGACACAACCCCCCCUUAAUUUGAGGGAGACAUUGAGCUUUGAAAGACAGGGUAAGCCCAGGUACAAAGACUCAGCAAAUCUGCACUCUAGCACAAAGCAUAGUCUUUACAACAACCCCACCCCCCUGGAAUUUAACCAGGCUACCCCAAAUGCAUACCACAUGAUAGCCCUGUGUCUGUGCAACAACAUGACAGCCAGCCAGACACAACCCCCCCUUAAUUUGAGGGAGACAUUGAGCUUUGAAAGACAGGGGUAGCCCUGGUACAAAAACUCAGCGAAUCCGCACUCUAGCACAAAGCAUAGUCUUUAUAACAACCCCACCCCCCUGGAAUUUAACCAGGCUACCCCCAAUGCAUACCACAUGAUAGCCCUGUGUCUGUGCAACAACAUGACAGCCAGCCAGACACAACCCCCCCUUAAUUUGAGGGAGACAUUGAGCUUUGAAAGACAGGGGUAAGCCCAGGUACAAAGACUCAGCAAAUCUGCACUCUAGCACAAAGCAUAGUCUUUACAACAACCCCACCCCCCUGGAAUUUAACCAGGCUACCCCAAAUGCAUACCACAUGAUAGCCCUGUGUCUGUGCAACAACAUGAGACUUAGUUUGACGGAAGCCCCCCUCAAAAAAUAUUAGCUUGGCCAACGGGGGCAACAGCCCGUCCCUACGGGACGGGCUGUUGCCCCCCUCGUACAAAUUUUCUGGAAUUUGCACUGAUUUCUGUCAAUUCCAGGAAGUUAUUUGGAGCCCAUGGUUAAGAGGUGAGGGUGGUUAGUCCUGAAGAGCGAGAUUGUUAUUUUUACACUAAAAGUAUCAGGGCUUUAAGCGAAUUAAGUUUUGAAAGAUUGCCUGCAAUGUGCUGGACUUGACUUAAGAUUUCAGGCAACCCGGUUUUCAAAACUCCAGGUAGAUAUAUAUUUAAAUUUAUGUAUCAUCAUCUCUAUUCUCUCUGUCUUGACAGAUAUCGUGUAACGUGACUGCCCGACAUUUUAGAUCUCCUUUGAGCCCUUGGUGCAUCCCAAAGACGGUUGGAAAGCCUUUCUUUGCAGGAAUAAAGGCAAGUAAUAAAAAUACCUUGUUAAGUAAGCACGUGAAAAUCUUGACUUUUAUGUAAAAAAGAUUGCGGGUCGGUUAUUCAAACGAAGUUUAACUUAGACCGCUGUUUAAUAAAUCUUUGGACCUCCAGAUAUCUUCUUUAGUAAGAAAGUUUAAGAAGAUAAAUGAUUUUGUAGUCUACUCCAUAUGUUUUCAAACUGUUCGUGACGAUAAGUGAAAAGAUGUUAAGAUAAAAGCGUUGGGUAAACUUAAAAUGGCUUAGGACGCGGUUUUGUUAAACCCCGGCUAAACUUCCUCUAAAUAAUUUAUAUAACUGGCCCUACGAGUUUGUGUUGUGAAACUUACCAGACGUUUCUUUUCCUUAUGAAAACCCGUUGGUCUUGAAGUGCUAAAGCUUCAUGGUUUGUAUUGUGUGCGUCUCAAUUAGCUCGCUCCCUAGUUGUUUAAACACUGUUUGAUAUAAUGAUAUCCACUAGCCACAGUACUAGCCUGCGAGCAAGCUCUCCAUUUAAGGGAUAUCGUGAAAAGCAGACGCGAAAUCGGGGUGGCGGGGGAGAGAAAUAUGUGAGCUUGCUCGCAGGUUAGAUAUCCACUAGUGUCUGAUGGUUAAUUUCAAGUGGUUUUGUAAUUUACACAAAAACAGCAAGCUGACUCAAUAAUUACGUGUAAAGUACAUACUUAAUAGACCAUUCCUUUCUUGUUUCAGGUCUCUCCCUCGGUAUUGACCGUUGAAGAGUGCUCCGAUAAGGAAUAUACUUUCAGUAUAACACCUACCAUACCUGUAGGGACGAUGCCACAUACCGACCACUUGAAAAUCGGUUUCUUUCUUCCACCGAAAAUUCUGCUACAAAACACCAACUGCAAUGUGGAGAUAAGAAAUACGCAAACAGUAACCGUGCGCGUUAUUGCGCAAUGUACCAACAGCAUAAAAGACGCUACCAAAAUUGAUAAAGUUAUCAUUCCAGAGAUCAGGAACACUCACAGUGGGUUCUGGAAUAGGGAUAUGCAUUUGCGUGCUGUUUGGGUAAUCCGGUUUUUGUAAUUUUAAUCUUAAAAAGGAAAUGUGCUGUUAUUUUAGUUAUUCAUUCAGCAUUCUUGACCUGAACAACAACAAUGUUUUCAGAGAUCACAGGUAGCCCAAGCUUGAAAUACGAGCAUCGGCGAGCAUCAGCAUUGUUGCGUAACAUUAAAAAUAUAAGGAUUUGUAUGGGGAAAAAACCUAUCGAAAUUGAAAUCCUUCUAUUUUCGUAGGUUACAGAAAAGAUAGGAUUUUUCCCCAUACAAAUCCUUAUAUUUCGAAUGUUGCGCAACAAUGUCGAUGCUCGCCGAUGCUCAUAUUUCGAGCCGGCUUGGGCUACCUGUGAAGAGAUUGAGUGGUUCAUAUUAUGUAGUUUAAGUUCUUUAGCCGUUGAUUUUUGAAAGGAGGAAAACAAAACAAAGAGCAAUAUUUGGCCCAAGAUCAAACCCUAAGUGUCAAAACCAAUGCUCACCAUCUCUCUGCGUUUGACACACAGGGGCCAGAAGCCAACACCCUACUCCAAUCGGCCCGUUCCUAAAUUACUGCUGGGUGCUAAGCUUGUUGUUAAAUCCCUCCAUUUUCAGCGGCUGGCCUGACUUGAGGGCAGGUGAUGCCCACCUCCAAACGAAAGCAUAUCUAUAACAGAUCAAAGAGGCCAAAAGCCUAAGUCCAUGUCGUCAUAGCGAAUUUCACUCUCAAGUCAAAGGUAGCAAAAAAAAAAGUAGCAAUUUGCAAGUACUAACUAGUGAGUCGCAAGUUUAUUCGUAACUUGUAACUCUUAUAAUUGACUCGCAAGUAGCUUACUUGACGACAAAAAAUGGAUUUGCACACAUUUGCCCCUUGCAAAUAUGUCGGAAAUUUGUAAAAACGGAGGAGUUAAUAUGGCGCAAAAGAUGGUAAAUGCCACAGUUUGCAUACCAAAAAACAGAGGGUGUAAAAAACUAGGAAAAUGUGGCAUUUGCCAUCUAAUUUAAUCCUCAGUUUUUACAAAUUUCCAACAUAUUUGCGUGGGGAAAAUUUGUGCAAAUCCAUUUUUUCGUCCUGUGAUCGAUAGCCAAACUGACGGGAAAACUGUGUGUCCGUUUAAAGUGCCGAAGUAUAGUCAACAAUGUAUUCGCUUUUUCUCCUGCUCCCUUUUCUAUCCACAUGUCAGUGUAUUUAAAAUUAUCAAGAUCGCCUUUAUAUUUAUAUCUCUGUUUAACAUCCGGCAGUUGUCUAUUAAAGCAGCAAAUGAAAUCCAUUAUUGCGGAACCUACACGGAUCCUCACUACCAGCCACUACCUGUUCAAUCAUCAAGGUACUUGUUAUUGUCUCGUGAUAUGUCGACCAUACGAAAAUGAGUAUUCUGUGUCGCUAAGAACGUACUGGUCGUAUUUGUUUUGCCCAUGUUGUACUCGCUAUAUCCAUUUAUCGAUAGCCAUCAUCCAUCCAUCCAUCCAUCCAUCUACCCAACCCACCCCGGCAUCGAUCGAAGGCUUCCAUGAAUUAUACAUAUUUUGAGUUUUUGAUGGUUUCACUUUAUUCAACUUAAAAUAUAAUUUCUAUUAAACGUUGUUAUUCUAAUACAUUUCGUUGCAUUUGGUUUUAGCGGUAGCUGGGAUUCAAGAUCCUCAUUUACCUUCAUGGGGCGUGGAGACUUUGCUUUGUACAAAAACACUGAGCGUAACUUUGAGGUAACGUGUUUCGUUUUAUUGGUAGCAGUCCGAGAAAGAAAUUGCGUGUUUAUUUCGGGGCUUAUACUUGGCUGCGAGACUUGGGGAAUAAAACAAAAGAAAUCGAUCUUGAGGCUCAGUAAUGAAUAACAAGCUUCUUUUGUUUUAUUUCCCCAAGCCUCGAAGCCAAGUAUGAAUUUUAAUCUAAAUGGGUCUAUUACGUUUAUCACUGCUUUCUUUGAUGACGAUUGUUGUUGAACUAUCAAUUCACGAGUAAAAAUCGUUUGCACUGUUGUAUCCAACUUUUGCACUAGCUCUCUAAUUUCUUCAGCUUCUGGCUUCACGUACGUGUGUUGUAAGUUAUCUGGGCCCCGAAACCUUGUUUUCUCUCUCUUGAUCUGUCAUUGUUGUUGACCUAAAAUUGAAACCCAAAGUUCGAGAUGCCGUAUUAAAAUGGUAUCGAGCAAGACUUGAGAUUGAUCUGUUGACUUUUAGCCAUUUCAUUUUUAGAUCGAUUCUGUCGCUCUCUUUGCUAAUUCAUAUCUAACAAACAAGGAUCUGUGGCGAGCAAAGAAAUCUCUGCAACGUAAGAUCCUCAAGCAUUUUGCCUGAAAACCGAUUCUAAUAGGAUGAUGUAACCACCCAAUAUCACUUUGCUUGUUUGCUGAAAAAUUACUCCGGCCAUACUACUUGCACCGCUGGGCCAAGCCCUGGGAGGACAAUAGCGAACGGGAGUUGAGGAACGUUUCACCAUAACUGAAGUUUAUUUUAGAUUCAGAGUCAAGAAAACAGCCCUCUCUAUUAAUUAUACCAAGAGAGAAUCAUCUAUUCUCUCUUGAAGUACCCGUUAUAAAUGUCCCUUUGCAAUUAUUGCUAUUCCUUUUGUUUGUUUGAGGUGAAAAUUUAUUAGCAAGACAUGCUUUUUCCUUUUGGGUAUAUUAUGGCACAUGAAAUGCUUUGAUUGGCUGACACUGGUAAUCCCGAAUGUAAUAUGGAAAGGUUUUGAUCGGCUUCUUGUUUUUGCCCUCUACCUUUUGUAAACAAUUCCUUUACAAAUAGUUUGAAUGACUCUCAGAGCGAAGAAGAGAACAACAAAUCUAUGAACGAAUGCAGAAAUCAAACCGAAGAAGAUAACGAUGAAUAGCUACAGGAUUUAGUUCACAAACUUGCUACCAAUGCAAAACAUCUUAAAAUAGCACACUUAAACGGCCGUGGCCCAAAGAAAAAGAGUGGACGAAUUACAAAUCCUUCUAAAGCUAUGCCGUUUCUACGUGUUCCGAGUAACAGAAACGCCCCUUUAUAAUCUCAUCCGAAGAGACAGACCAGACAAACAAAGCGGGGGCUGUGUGAUAUAUUAUUGCAAGUCGCUGAAAGUAAUCCACCGACCGGACUUGGAAGAUGAACAAGUGUAGGGGAUAUGGGUGUAAGUAAAGGCUGACCCAAGAGACUUCCUGAUAGGAACUAUAUUAAAAAAUACCGGCCCUCAAACCAAAACAGUGAUUUCUUCACAGCUUUUCCAUAAUUGCUCAAAAUAUCUGGAUAAAAGUCUCAAAUACAAUACUUCUUGGAGAUUUGAAAACCAAUCCACUACAGGACAAACGUGGCGACACAUCGUACGAAGGAAAAAAGAUGAAGGGAUACUCAAACAGUUUGAUAUGAAGAACGUGGUAGAACGACCAACAUUUAGAAUUACCAACCAUUCCAAAACAUUGAUUGACCUCAUUUUCACGAACAGAAAAGGGCUGGUCAAACACUAGGGCACAUGUCCCCUGGGUAUCUCAGACCACGACAUGUAUAUGAUUUAUGCAACCGUAUCAGCCAGUAUCCCAAGAGGCUUGCCUAAAAUAAUUACCAUCAGGAACUUCAACAAAUUUACGACAGGAACUUUCAAAGUGACUUUGCCCGUGUGCGUUUUCAAGUAUGCGAAGUUUUUGAUUAUCCCAGUGAUGUUUACUACGCAUGGAACCUGCUCUUCACAGAAUUAUGGAACGAACACGCACCACUUAAGCAAAUGAAAGUACGCAGUAACAGCCUGCCUUGGACAACAAAGAAAAUCAGAAUAACCAUGAUUCAAAGAUAUAAGACUCUGAAAAGGGCGCGUCAGCUGAAUGAUCCACUGUAUGGGAUGAUUAUAGAAGACUUAGAAAUAAAGUAUCAACAAUGACGAAAAUGCCUAAAGCCGAUCACUACUCCAAUUUAUUUGAUAAAGUAAAAACCGCUGCUGCUUACUUCUUACACGUUCCAAACUUAAGCUUGAUAUUCUAAAGUAGUGAUUUUCUGGCAAAAUAUAGCUGUUUCAAUGAAGUUCGUACCAAACGCCUUCGUAAAGGAAUGUAUUAUGGAAACAUUAUUUAGAAAUGCCCAACAUUUUACCACUUUUUUGGUUUCUCUGGUAAAAUUUAGUACUCACGCCAUAAUUCCUUCCAAAAGUGAUUCGUUUUUUGUUUUAUCUGGUAAAAUUUUGUAUUCAGGAGCAUAAUUUCUUCUAUGGCAUCGGUCGCCCUUGGGAAAAGUUUUCAUCUUUGCCGGCUAAAAAACCACGAAAAUUCGAAACCGCAACCGGAAAAGAAAACUUUUAGUCAAAUCGAGGAGGGUCGCACUAGUAGUUACUAGUGGGAGUUAAUUGUCGUUGUUUUGACACAUUGAGAACUAAAGUAGGCCAGAAACCAGAGAACAUUAUCUCUUCGUAGUCUGAUCAUUUGGCGUAGGAUCGUUUUCCUCCUUUCCCUGUUUCAGGAGGAUGGGAGAAAUAAGGAAAUAAAGUGCUUGGCUGCAAAGACUGCAUUUAGCUCGGAGAAUAAUGUGCACGAUGACGUAAGAGUUUAGGAGCGCGCUAGGCCUUCUGGGAGAGAUCCGAAAAACGUGUUGCGUUCUUGUAGCCAUCUUGACGAUCUUUGAACCUUUAGUGAAUUGAAUCUGUGGAAUCCUGUGUAAUCCUUUAGAAGUUGGACCCUUCAGAGUGUUGUAACCUUUAGGAAUCGAGCCUGACAAUCCUUGGAAUAAAAUACAGUUCAUAUUCGUAUACAUCGUCCAUCGUUAGCCGGAUAAAAGCGGAUGCUACGUACCAGUUGUGAGUGAAGUUGUGUUGUGUUAUGGCCGAAGAACUCGCCAGAAAGCGACGGCAGCGUGCAGGGCACAGGUCAAGUGCGAAACGUAUUAUUUCAUCCGUUAUUGAUGUCCUUGGAGGAGGAGACAUUUCUCAAGUGCGGGAACACGAAAUCAAGCUGAAACAACAAAGGGACAGCCUACAGCAGAAACUCAAUACUCUUCGGCAACUUGAUGCAGAAAUUCUGGACCUUGUGGCCGAAGAAGAAAUCGAAGGUGAAAUUGAACGAGCAGAUUUGCUGGAGGAAAAUGUUCAGUUGGCUAUUGCUAACAUAGAAAACGCCUUGUCGCCGAAGGUCUUGAGUUCAAAUGUAAAUACCGAAGCGAACGUGUCGGAAAGCACGUCAGCAAAUGAAGUUCAAAUCGGGAGUAAUUCUUCGCCUCCUUCAGCUUCAACGUCGAAUUCCUCUUCAUCUGUGCGGAGAAAUACUCAAGUUAAAUUGCCAAAGCUGGAGUUAAAGAAGUUCGACGGCGAUCACAGUAAGUGGAUUUCUUUCUGGGAUAGUUUUGAAGCCUCAGUUCACAAAAAUGAGAGUUUAACUGCCAUUGACAAAUUUAACUACCUAAACUCGUUGCUCGAACGGUCAGCGGCAGAGGCCAUUUCCGGGUUAAGUCUUGGGGCAUCGAACUAUGAGGAAGCAGUAGACAUUUUGAAAGCUAGAUUUGGCAACAAGCAGCAAAUAAUUAAUCGUCACAUGGAAAUUUUGUUGAAUCUUGAAUCUGUCACAUCUCACUAUCAUGUAAGAAGCUUACGUCAGCUGCACGACACUGUUGAAUCUAAUGUGAGAAGCUUAAAGUCAUUAGGAGUUUCACGUGAAUCGUAUGGGGGUUUGCUAUCAUCCAUCUUAAUGAAUAAGCUACCUCAAGAAUUUCGUCUUGUUAUUACAAGAGAAAUUGGAGAUGAUGAUUGGCAGUUGGAUCAAUUGCUCAAUAUUUUUAAAAGAGAACUUGAGGUAAGAGAAAGGGCAGGAGGGUCUACAGUGAACAAAGGACAAACCUCUCCACCAAAACCGAAACGAAGGGAAGAAGGAACUACACAUGCCUUGUUAACUGGUGGUGAUGGUAACUGUCCCACCUGCACCUACUGUAAGGGAAAACACCCAUCAAGGGAUUGCCAAACAGUACCUGAUGUACUAGCUCGUAAGGAGCUUUUGAAGAAGUACGGGAGAUGUUUUGUUUGCCUGCGAAAAGAUCACAUUUGUCGUAACUGCUCAGCCAAAUUCAAGUGUCAUAACUGCGAGGGCAGACACCAUGUUAGUAUUUGCCCAGCCAACCUGAGUCCUUUACAGCCAACGAAACGUGAAACACCAGUUCCCACACCAGGACCACAACAGCAAUGCUUAACAGCCCAAACUGCCAGAAAUAGUGUCGUUUUUCAUACUGAUUCCACUACACCUGUGUUCCUUCAAACUGCCCAAGCAGUGGUGUACAAUCCUCAACAGCCAGAGGUUAAGGUCAGGGCAAGAAUAAUCUUGGACAGUGGAAGUCAGCGCACCUAUCUUACAAACAACCUGAAGAACAUUCUUCAACUACCUACACUAGAGAAGAAGCAAGUCUCAAUAAAAACCUUUGGAAGUACCGUUGAAAGAUUAGAGUUGGUAGAAGUUGUGGCCCUAGGAGUAGAGCUAAACGGAGAACCAGAUCUUUCACUGUCAGCUUUUACAUUGCCUCUAAUUUGUCAACCAUUACAAGGUCAACCUGUGGAACUAGCAGUGAAAAAUAACCCCUGCCUUUCGGGACUCAAACUUGCUGACUUUUGUACCGAAGGAGAGCCUCUUGGUGUUGACAUUCUAGUUGGUUCAGAUUAUUAUUGGAAGUUGGUGACUGGCCACACCAUCAAAGGGGCCCAAGGUCCUACAGCUGUUCACACCAAACUGGGAUGAGUACUUUCAGGACCCGUUUGCUUAGGGAGUGUAGAAAAUCAACAGAGAAGUAAUCUUGUGACAACCCAUGUCUUAAAAUGUGCUACUGAUCAGGUGUCCUAUGAAGGUCUUCAGGGGGAGUUGAAGAAGUUCUGGGACUUAGAGUCUCUCGGUGUGAAGCCGCCAAGUGUCUAUGAAGAGUUUGUUGAGAAGUUGUUGUACAAGGGAGACCACUAUGAGGUCAGUCUCCCGUGGAAGGCAACACAUCCACCACUCCCUGAAAAUUAUAAGUUGAGUCUUCGAAGAUUGCAAGGUUUGCUGAGUCGACUCCGUGAGAAGCCAGACAUCCUGAAGGAGUAUGACAGUGUUAUAAAGGAUCAAAUAGAAAGAGGAAUUGUGGAAGUUGUGAAUGAAGAAACCAAGCCUGAUGUCGUCCAUUACAUCCCUCAUCACGCUGUUAUCAGACGAGACAAGUCAACUACAAGGUUAAGAAUUGUAUAUGACGCCUCAGCCAAGUCAGAUGGAGCUUCAUUAAAUGAUUGUCUUCAUGCCGGUCCUGCGCUUACACAAAGUAUCUUUGACAUUAUGUUGAGGUUCCGAAAUCACAGAGUAGCUUUGGUGGGAGACAUUGAGAAGGCGUUCUUAAUGGUCCAUAUGAAUGAAACUGACAAGGAUGUACUCCGUUUCCUGUGGGUCGAUGACAUCGAUAAGGCUGAACCUAAAGUUAUUACACUGAGGUUUACACGUGUUGUGUUUGGACUCUCUUCAAGCCCAUUCUUACUGAACGCCACAAUUAAACAUCAUAUAGAGCAGUAUGAACAAUGUGACAAUGAUUUUACCAGGAAGUUUCUUGAAAGUAUCUAUGUUGAUGACCUGACAUCGGGGGACAGUGACGUGGACAGCACCUUUGAGCUCUAUGUGAAAUCGAAAUCGAGGCUCAGGGAAGCAGGUUUCAAUUUGCGGAAGUUUAUCACAAAUUCAGGAGAACUGCGAGCGAGAAUUGAGGACAAUGAGAGAUUGGUCUCAGGAGAAACAGCUUCUGGAGAUGGAGGGAAUGUUGACAAGCAGGUUGUUGAAACACCAGUAGUAGACACAAACGUCGUGGAAGAAGAAGAUAUGACCUAUUCAAGAAGUGUUCUAGGAAGUGCAGUUGAAGAUGUUAGCGUUCAAAGAAUUUUAGGGACUCUGUGGAACUAUCACAAUGACAACCUCGUCAUUUACUUUUACAAACACUGCCUCUUUAGCAAAGAGAGUAGAACCUUCAAAGAGAAACGUGAUUAGCACAGCCUCAAAAAUGUAUGAUCCACUCGGUCUGAUUUCUCCGAUCACAGUCCAGUUUAAAAUCCUGUUUCAAGAGUUGUGCAAGGACAAGAGAGACUGGGACGAACCACUGGAAGGUUCUUGCAAGUCAAUCUGGCAGAGAUUGGUGACACAACUGCAGGGUGUUAAACCUCUUACUCUUCCGAGAUGUUAUUAUGCUGGCGCGGAAGGGGAAGUGAUUGCGAGUGAACUGCAUGGGUUCUGUGAUGCAUCAGCUAAGGCAUACGGUGCGGUGGUCUUUCUGCGUAUUGUGACGACGUGUGCAAGUUAUGUCAGAUUUGUAUCUUCAAAAACUCGAGUAGCACCUCUCUCGGAGCAGACCAUACCGCGUCUAGAACUGUUAUCCGCGGUAGUCCUGUCCAGACUGAUCCAUAGCGUAAAGGAAGCACUUAGUUCUGAGAUGAAGAUUGACAAAUUGUUUUGUUGGACAGAUUCCAAGAUAGCCUGGUAUUGGAUUGUUCAGAGCCAGAAGGAGUGAAAACCAUUUGUUCAGCACCGUGUUGACGAGAUAAGAAAGCUUGUACCUGAAGAAUGCUGGAAUCAUUGUCCAGGGGCUGACAACCCAGCCGACUUACUCUCUAGAGGUAUGGACUGUCGUGAGUUGGAGAACAGUGUGCUAUGGUGGAAUGGUCCCAAGUGGCUGACUAGUUUCGAAGACCUGGAGAAUCGGAAGGAGAUUGCGGAAGAGCCAGUCCCUGAAGCCUCCCUUGUAGAAAUGAGGGUGAAGGAUCGAAAGACAGUAACGACAGCUCUUGCAAUGAACAGUGAACCUACUAUGCUGUGUAAUAUCAUUCAAAGUGAAGCCUUCAGUAGUCUUGGACGUCUCCUGCGAGUUACAGCCUUAGUUCUGAAGUUUAUUAAGCUAUUAAAGGCACAGCGACAGGGAGAUGUGAAUCAGAAGCCGGAGAUACGUGUGACCGGUGCAGACAUAGAAGAAGCCGAACUUCUAUGGAUCAAGGAAGUACAACGAGAGAUGAAGAGUAAGGAGAAGUUUAAGAUGAGGUCGCACCAGCUAGGGUUGUUUGAGGACGAUAAGGGAGUUAUUCGAUGUCAAGGUAGACUCGGGAACAGCGAGCUUACAGAUUCUGCGAAGUAUCCAAUCUUGCUUGACGCUAGCCACCACUUAACUACACUUGUAGUCUGGAGAUGUCACGAAAGAGUCAUGCAUGGAGGAGUUAAGGAAACACUCACCGAGUUGAGAUCGAACUUUUGGAUUGUUCGAGGCCGAUACUUUAUCAGAAGUUUGUUGUUUAGAUGCACAGUUUGUAAGAAGUUUGAAGGGAAACCGUAUAAGGUUCCACAAGCUCCACUCCUGCCUAACUACAGAGUGAAAGAGGCGCCUGCAUUCUCGUACAUCGGUUUGGAUUAUGUUGGACCUCUUUUUGUGAAGUCUACCAGUGACGAAGAAUGUAAGGUCUGGAUUUGUUUGUUUACUUGUUGUUCUACGAGGGCGGUCCACUUCGAGGUUGUGCCCAAUAUGACUUCAGAGGCAUUUCUGAGGUGCUUCAGAAGAUUUGUAGCUCGUCGUUCAAGGCCUUCUUUAGUGGUAUCAGACAAUGCCAAGACCUUCAAGAGUGCUUCUAAGGAGCUUGAGAAGAUUACAAAUGAUCCCAGUGUUGCUAAGUACUUUGCCCAAGGGAAGAUCGAAUGGUCCUACAACUUAGAGAAAGCCCCAUGAUGGGGAGGCUUUUACGAACGACUUGUCAAGUCACUGAAGAGAUGUCUUAAGAAGACAAUCGGCCGAGCCAAGCUUUCCUAUGAUGAACUUGUAACUGUUGUUACAGAAGCUGAAAUGAUCUUAAAUUGCCGACCCAUUUCAUAUGUCUCUUCUGAGGACCUGGAAGAACCCCUCACACCGUCCCACCUCAUUGUUGGUCGAAGACUCGGCGCCCUUCCUGAAAUAGACAGUCCUGCAGAUGCAGACUUCAGAAUUUCGCCGGGCGACCUGAGCAGAAGAGCAAGACACCUUGAUAUGAUUCUGACUCAUUUUUGGAAGCGUUGGAGAGCAGAAUACCUUCUUGAAUUACGAAAUGCCCAUAACCAAUUGAAGAAGACGGCGGGAUCAAGGGUAGUGUGUGUCGGAGAUCUGGUAUUGGUUCAUGACGAAACCCACCCAAGAUCUUAUUGGAAGAUGGGCAAGGUGGAACAGCUUCUGAUGAGCAAGGAUGGGCAGAGUAGAGGUGCUGAGGUCAGAGUCCAAGGGAGAGGAUCAAGUGGAGGUGGACUCUUAAGGAGACCGCUACAAUUGUUGUACCCACUGGAAGUAAGCUGUUCUACGAAUGAAGCAGCUCCUCAGGAACAAGUACUUGAAUCACCGGAACAGCCGACGCAAGGUCGAGCGAGAGGAAAUCGAGAGCGGCGAAGAGCUGCAGUCGAGGGAGAGCGAAGAAGAAGACAGUGGAUUGCUGAAUUACAAGACGAACAUUAAGUUUGUUUAUGUAUUCUGAACAUUGAACAGUUUUUUUUGAGAGAGACUAUAUUCACUGAGUUAUAUCAUUAUUAUUUUUUAUUUCUUUUCGACAUUUGAUUCUAGGUAAAGAAGGUGGACCAUUCUUCAUGGUCCACGGGGGGGGGAGUGUGCGCGAUGACGUAAGAGUUUAGGAGCGCACUAGGCCUUCUGGGAGAGAUCCGAAAAACGUGUUGCGUUCUUGUAGCCAUCUUGACGAUCUUUGAACCUUUAGUGAAUUGAAUCUGUGGAAUCCUGUGUAAUCCUUUAGAAGUUGGACCCUUCAGAGUGUUGUAACCUUUAGGAAUCGAGCCUGACAAUCCUUGGAAUAAAAUACAGUUCAUAUUCGCCUACAAAUAACAAACCUGUGACGGUACUUGCCUUGGUAGAGAGUUCCCGUAAAAAGGUUAAAAUAGCAAAGGAUUACAAGCUUAUGAAUUGCUCGGUCGUAGAGAGUUUUCGCAAAAACGUUAAAAUGGCGAAAAGUAGUGGUAGCCUAGUCCGUCCACAACGAAAGCGAGAGGGUCAGAAAAUUUCUACGAUUGUUUCAACUUGAUCGUGUUUCAAAUUGGUCACGUUUCGCUGACAAGUGCUGACACUUACCGCCGUGAUUCCUAUUGUUUAGCUCGAGUUUUCCAAAAUCUGCCUGCCCCACCCAAGCAAUACGGCGUCUUUGAUGUUUUUUGCGAUUUUCAAAGUUUUUUCCAACUUGAAAACUUGGGGUCGCACUUGGCAAUGUGCCACGAUGACAGAUUUUUACCGCUGGGUAAACAAAUUCUUCCAGAAAUUUGCCAAGUGCGACCCAUGCCUAUAUGUGAUUCGUUUUUUGUUUCAUCAGGUAAAAUUUAGUACACAGGGCAUAAUUCUUUCCAAAAAUUAUUAAUAUAGUAUGUUUUCUGCAGAUAAGCGGAAAAUUAAUGCAUGGAAAUGAAGAAAUUGUUCUUUCUGGAAAGGAACAUGUCAUCAGUGCACCUUUACACACAUCCACUAAAAGGUACAUGGAAAUUUCCAGGUACCUUUACGCAGAUAACAAGGAAAGGAACACGAAAAUUUCCAUGUACCUUGACGCGCCAUAUAACAUGGAAAGGAACGUAGACAUUUUCAUGUACCUUUACGCAGAUAACAUGGAAAGUAACAAGGAAAUUUCCAUGUACCCUUACGCAGAUAAAAUGGAAAGAGGAACAUGGAAAUUUCCAUCAACCUUCUCAGUCAAUGUGCAAGCGAGAACCCCGUGAGAUACAUAGAAAAGACGCCAGAAAAUAAUAAAAAAUGUUUUUCUUUACGUUUUGAAAACUUCUACAUAGCCUUAUGGAAUUUUUAGAAACCAAAAGUCUGUAUAUUUCCAAUUAUUUGUCCAUUUGGUUAGCCUUGUCCAUCAAGGUCUCCGCUUCCUGCUGCGCCACAAGUAAUAUCACCCAUCAUGUGGUUACGCAAAAUUUACUUGAAAACAGGCAAUAGGCUUAUAGGAAGGGAAAGUCAAUAGAACUGCUUUUAAUGUAGAAAGAAAGCGUUUUGUGGGAAUACUGUUUGUCGGUUUCAGUAAAGCUCUCGACACAGUGUCGCACAAUAUAUUACUACAAUAGCUCAACGACCUUGGAAUCAGAGGAGACAUCUGGCUGUGGUUAAAGAACUACCUUACAGAACGAAGAACAUUCGCCAGAAUCAACGAAUGCGACUCUGAUACACACAUUAUAACUCACGGAGUGCCGCAAGGGUCGGUCCUCGGACCCACGCUAUUCUCGCUCUUCACAAAGGACCUCAAAAAAUCACUACGCUCUGCAAAAACUUAUCUGUAUGCAGACGACAAAAAAAUAUACUGUAUCGCAGAAACGAUGGAUUUGCUAACAAACACACUAAACAAUGUUCUAGCUGAACUCCAGGAAUGGUGCGACAGAAAAUUGAUGAUACCAUACCCAGAAAAAUGUAAAGCAAUGAUCAUGCAGAGGAAAUCAACACUAGGGACUUUAAUAUAGUUUUACUAUGGACUACGACUACGAUUAAACAUGCUACUGCGCAUGAUCAGAACCACAGGACUGUUCAUUUUUUCCCACGUAGUCCGGCGGCUACGGUGAGUUUUUGAGCUGUUUUGCGUAGUCUACGGAGAACUACGGAGAACAUUUUGCUCGUAUUUUGGCGUCUCGGUAAUACUAGAGUCUCAUCUUCUCGUAAAAAGAAGUUUUCAAUUCACCUACUUUAAGCGAGAGGGAAGCGAAAUACGUAAGUGGUGUCUAAUUUCUGCUCAGAUUUACCGACGCUUUUAAUAUACUCGAACCACUACAUUUUUAUCUAAAACUAUCCUUAUAUUUUACUACGCUUAGCCGUUUAUACGCAGAAUUCAGAUUGACGGUCGAGAACUGAAAUCAUACAGGUAAUUUACUUUCUUUUCGCUCUUGAAAGGUUUCAAUGUUUGUUCGAAAUGAUUAGUGUGUCUCUCUACUUAUGUAACCUUUGUUUAAGAGAGUUUUUAUAUCGCAUUUGUUAAAUGAAAAUGAGAUAAACAUCUUUGAGAUAAUCGAAACUUGGCAGUUCGAUACUUCAAACUACAUCAGUAAUCGAAGAAGUUCAUCUUCUAAAUCUAAUAAAUGAACUAUUUAACUAUUUCUAUUUAUGUCUUUAAUAAUUGACAUAAGUAUUCAUGGGCGAAAAAAGGAAAACUGUGUAACCCGACUUUGUUCACCAGUUUCACCCAUCGUAAUGGCUUCCCCAAGAAUGGAAGAAUUUGUUCAUUAUUCUAAAGAUAAGAUCACAUAAAAAAUGCUUUCAUUUUUGUGAACUGAACAUUAAAACAAGAAAAUCUUUACGUGUUGUUUCCCUCUCCGCUUCGUCUCUAGUAGGCUUCUCUCUUUACUGCAACCUUAACGUUCUAUAUUUGCACCACUUAACCCAGAGCUACAAACAAAGGACAACGCUGGUCCAGCCGUAGUUUGUAGUCCCUAGUCACCGUAUCUUAAAGUCCCUAUUUAGCAGAGUUUGUAUUUAAAUGUAUAAAAGAUUACAUCGUCAUUGAAAGAUUUGUUUUUACAGAGGAAUUCAGGCCGUAGAAGAAAUGAGAACAUCAUCCUUCCAAGACCAGAAACGAAGUUUAUCAGAAACUCCAUAAGCUAUAGUGGAGCAAUCGUCUAGAACAGUUCAACGAACAAGGAAACAAGGGCUAAAACCUUGAAAGAUUUUAAACGCUGUGUCUUGCAAAAUUCACACGGAUGUUGAUAAAAUGAAUUUCCAACCUACUUUAGCUACAACCAAUAACAGAGAUAUCGGUUACAAAUAUUUUUAACAGUUUUAAUUUACAAUUGUACAUUUGCACAACCUAUUUUAGUUACAACUAAACACAGAGAUAUCGGUUACAAACAUGUUAAACAGUUUUUAAUUUUUAAUUGAGCUAAACGACUACUUUGCCGAUUUGUGUGCUGAUGACGCAUAUACGAAACCUGUACCAGCUAUUGUGGAUAAGAGCUUAGAAGCCCCUCAGAUAUCAGAAAGACACGUGUGGAAUUGCUUACAACAUCUGAAGAAAACCGCUAUGGGACCAGACCUCAUUCCCUUUUGGAUUUGAAGGGAUCACGCUGAGAUCUUCACAAGUGUCAUUCAUAAGAUCUGGAAUGUUUCCCUGAAAACUAGCUAGUGGCCCUCCUCGUGGAAAAGGGCCCACGUGACGCCCCUUCCUAAGAUCGACAUCCCUAAGGCAAGCAGGACUUCAGAGGAAUUAAGAUCACGCCUGUAAUUGCACGCGCGUUCGAGAAAUCUGUGUAUAACACCCAUGCACGAGAUAUUGUCGAACAGCAUCUGAGUUCAUCACAGUUUGCUUAUACGACAGGGGGGAGUUGCACUGAUGCGCUCUUGAGCAUGCAGCACACCAUCUACAGCUAUUUAGACGAGCAAGACUGCAAAGCCGUCCGAGUAUUUGCAACGGAUUUUAGUAAAGCAUUUGACUGUGUCAAUCAUGAACUCCUGUCAUCUAAGCUUAGGCAGUUGCCAUUGAAUCCCCUUAUUGUGAACUGGUUUUUAAGCUUUCUCGAGAAACGCCAGUAGCGAGUAGUUUAUAACGGUUUUGAGGGACAGUGGCGUGAGGUAACUAGGGGUACGACACAAGGUAGUGUCAGUGGGCCAUAUCUUUUUAUCGUGUUUAUUAAGUAAUGGUCCAGCUAAGAAGCAGGCAGAAAAACAAUAGCCCGCGGCAAUAGCGUCAGUUAUUUUUCAGGCGCUAGUUUCUCUAAUCAAAUUAAAUCUGAAUGCUCUGAUUGGUCAAUACAGCGAAAAGUGCGAAAUUUGAAUUUCAGAGUUGAAUUAAGAUAGCUUAAGACUCAUUGGAACAACUUUUUAUUUCAUCUAUUGCUUUAAUUGUUAUGUUAAAAAAUAUAAUUUAUGUAAAAUUUAAAAGAUUUCUAUGUGCCAAACCCAAGGAAGUUAAACUGAUAUGAAAUUACAUGAAGAUAAGCACAGUGUUACAUCAAUCAGCGACAUUGGAACAACAUUUACGUCGGCUCUCACAAAAGAAAUGUCAAAACCACGAUCGUAAACAGCAGCAAUUCACUCUCACGUGGCGAAUCUGGCGAACGCGCCAAUGUCGCGCGUUCAUAUUCGGCCAUCAUACAGAACAACAACAAGUACACAAAAUCAAAUCUAAAUGUUAUCUAAAUGUUCUGCUUUUGAAAAAAAAGAUGAUGUUGCCCAGAUAGAAAAAAAUUCCUGCAUGUUCGGAGAAGUGGGUUUCAGAAAAAGCUCUCCUACAGAUUAUCUGUUUAGAAGGUUUUGAUAUUACCCUAUAAAAAUCCUUCUUACAAUCUCUCUCGUCCUUGGAAAAAAUAAAGGCAAGCUACAGUUAGGCUCGCUAAAUCUUCCGUAGCAAGAGAAACUCAAACACCAGUGACAGCUAUUUAUGAUACCUAAGCGGCUUCCGUCUCGGUAUUCGCCGUCUCAGAACUCAAAGGUACAAAAUGCAAGCGUGUCACAAAUUUCAAUUCGCUCACUUUAACUUAAGGUCCACGGCGAACUUCCAUUUCGCUUGAUGAAGCAGUUUAGAGAGAGAAAAAAUCGAAUGAGAGAUGGGUAAAGAUACACGGAAUAUGGAAGUUUCGAAAAGGGCAAACACAUGAAUAGCACAUAAUGCGCGCGGAGGUGCGAAAAUCUAUUGAAUUCAGCUUAACUCAAGCUCCAGUGUUCUACAUCUCUUCGAGAAAUAAAUUCAUCCUUGUAAAAACAACAAAUCUUUCGCUUUCUCCUUUUAUGCCCAACUGUACUCCAAUUUCUAGCGCCACAAUUAUUCCGAUCUCCUCCUGAUCCGGCCUGACAACGAAAACAACUACGCCGGGCCCAAAUUUCGACAUAGCGACUCGGCAUGUCGAGGGCCGCAGCAAACCAUGUUUAAGAGCAUUUUGACGAUCACUCCGAUGAUAAAAUACAGUAAAUUUGAGAUAAAUAUUCAAUAAAGAAAAAAUGCAGAUUUUUAACGAAGAAAUUGACGAGAUUUCUUCGGGUAAAAGACAAAUUUCCUAACAUCUCAAGUGUAACACUAAGAUGGGGUCACAAAAAGGUCGCGCGUGUGUUGCACGUUUUCCGCUCUAACUUUUGAUUGGCGCAUAGAACAAUGCUGAAACUUGGCCGUGAGGUAUAAGACAGGAGAAUGGGGAAAAUAAAGCUAAAAAAAGUUGUUUUUGUCACGUUUCUGACUGUUUUUUUGGCGAUUUUUGGAUUCCGGCCAAUCAGAACGCUUGAUUUAAUUGAAAUUAAUGAUUAAAAGUUAGCACCUUUUCAUCACUUUUGCCGUUCGCCUGCCUACCUCUUACACGGACCAUUACUUAAUGAAUUAGAAAUCAAUCUAGAAGGUCGCCCAGCCUUGUUUAAAUAUGCUGAUGAUUCUACAAUUAUCGUCCCUUUUUGGGGAAACGGCCAGCGUCGCACUGACUUGGUGGAUCAGUUUCUUAGCUGGUCCAGCCGCAAUCGCAUGACAUGCAAUCCAACAAAAUGCAAGGAGAUUAUUUUCCCUAAGAAAGGUUUCAGUCAGGACAUCGCGCCGGUUAGUAAUAUACCGCAGUGCGUAGAGUUAUCCAUAUUAGGUGUUACUUUCCAACAAAAUUGUAAAUACAGUAGUCACGUGCGCGUAAAGGUAAUAAGGGCGAACAAGUCAUUAUUCGUAUUAGGAUCUUUACGUAAGGAAGGAAUGUCCCAGGAGGAAGUAGAUCACCUUUUUAACGCAAUAGUUUUACCAAAUUUUUCUUACACUCUGCCGGUUUAUUGUGCCUCAGAUUCCGACCUUUCUGUAAUACAGAAUUUUUUAGACCGUGUAUGAAAAGAAAGUUUAUGUCCAAGAAUGUAAAUAUCAGGGACUUGCUAGAGAAGGCGGACAAGACACUCUACAAAAAAAGAUCGAAUGAUCCCGAAUGUCCGUUCUUCCAGUUUUUACCUAAGGAAAACAACACGAGGCACCAUCUUAGAAAUACAUCAGUCUCUGUCCCUAGAAGCUACACUGACAGGUUUAAGAACGUUUUUAGUAACAGAAUAAUUUUUAGAUAUGAUAUGUAAAUAUUUUUUUGAGUUUAUAUUGUAACUUAGGAUAUGUAAUUUUAUCUUAAGAAAUAAAGAUUAUUAUUAUUAUUAUUAUUAUUAUUAUUAUUAUUAUUAUUAUUAUUAUCUGUACAUGUGCUUCCAGUACUCCUUAUUUUUUAGCCUGCAAAGCAGGCGUAUGUUGGAGCGCGAUCCAUGAUUUGUUUUCGGGAAUGACGUUGUUUCACCAUCUUGGACGUUAAUACUACCAGAGAGUUGGGACGAGUCAAAAACUGAUUUUAAGGGAGAGGUUGAUGGGUUUAAAAUAGAGGAGGGGGAGAGGGAAGGGAGGGGAACACACCCUGUUGCAUUUUGGGAGUUGUUGCGCAAAAUUUGAAAUCGGUCAAACAUUUAGCUACGUGUAAUUGGACGCAAUUGCGUCCGUUUGCACGUAGUCUUAAUGCCCUAUUUGGCAUUAAGGCUCAAUGUGAUCCAUACCUCUAGGUACAUACACGGCAGUGGGCAUGCAGUGGCUCCAAUACCUUGGUGACGUGCAAUUGUGGAGUGGUGCUACGAGAUCAUAACGAUGUCAUAGAAUUUAACUGCUGUAAUGAACCCCUCUAUUUCGACCAAGUGACACCCAUUCGUGUGAAAGUGAAAAGCAAACGACGCCUAUCACCUGGAAUUUCAAUAACGCAGACCCAAAUCAGUUCUUAUGUCGCGUAUAAGGUAAGUUUGUUAUUACAAAGUACCACACUCUCUUUGAUUUGUGGAAUAGAGCAUAUCUCUUUAACUUUCGCCGUCGGGUUUCUCGAACAGUCGCAAAGCGUUUUUAACAAAUCAACGUUGGGAGAAAAUUUCAAACUGUUAUUGUCACGGUCGAGAUCUAUAGAAAAAGAUGAUUAGCUUGCACAUUGAUGGUAGAAUAUCACAUUCCUUUAGUUGCGCCUGAGAAAGCUAAAUCUUUUGAAAGUUAGCUAAGAUUCCGAAGAUAUCGCUGUCACGAAAAACUUACUUACAAAUAGAUAUAAUUUUCAUUCGGAUUGAUUGCCAAGUUUUCUAUGCAAAAAACGAAAUGUGUAAUAACACUCCCUUUAGGCUGAAAAUGUCCUAACAUUCAAUUUUGUUGUAAUUUCCAUAAGGGGACGCUCCCCUUAUUAGUUACUUUUUCUUAUCAAAGGACACCUUCUUGAGAUCUUCGAUACACCCCUGCUGUGUUAAGUAGAAAUAUGUUAAAACAUCACUAGACCAGUAUUAUUUAUGGCUUUGGUACUAAUUAUUGCUUAAUUACUUUGUUAUAUUCUGAUUAUAUAUACAUAUACCAAAUCAUGUUUCGUUCAUAUUAAAACAGUCCCAGAAAGACCUAAAAGAUUAUUGUUGGUGAGACAGUUUGCCUACAUCCUUCAUUAACGAGAAACUUACAUGUUACCCCUUCAGUAACCUUUUUCAUGACUAAUUGUUGUCUAAAACCUAUAAUCACACUCUUCUCUUGAUUCUGGGUAAUUUCUUUAAUGAAUAAUCAGAUCAGUUUUCGCAACCAUAGUUACCGACUGUCAUAAAAACUGAUGUUGCAUCAAAAAAAUAUGUACGUCUACUAAGAAGAAAAUUAUGUCACAGGUUCAAAGAUGAUUACUUAACUUGUUUUGAAAUCGAAUUGGCGCAAAACCUUUAGAAUGUGGUUUUCGACCCGAUUUCCAACUCUCUAAAGCCUGCGAAUGAACACAAACCGUGCAGUAGAAAACAACGACAACAAAAAGGAAGUUGAGAAGGAAAUCUUUGAAGGAAGUUAGCAAUGUAUUAACCACAGCAUUUACGCACAACAGCGAGAGUGGAAAAAAAAAGAAAAGAAAUGAGGCAGCACUUCAGCACUCCGCUCAUUAGAAGCGUCUCGCCGCUGGUGAGUGAGAAGACGUCUGGUAUCCAGGGUAAUAAAGUUUGAAAUUUUUAAAACCUACCCUUUAAGAAACAAAGAAUUUUCCUAGUGCUGUUUUGCUUCUUCUGCCGAGAAUUACCAUAUAUUCUGCCGUUAAUAAUCCAGGUGCUGUUUCCUUCCGGAGUCAAAGUAACAGUUUAUCGCAACAAUUACGGGCUGAACAUCGAACUGUAUACCCCGCGAGCUAAGCAAAGAGCUACUGAGUCAGGACUGUGCCUGUAUGACGACCAUGUAGAACCAGAUGUUAAGCAGUAUGGGUACAGAUUCAGGUAACUGCGGUGCCAAGGGUACGUGCGCGCUGAGUACCAGCUGUCACGUGACUGGCCGUACGCACAUACACUGUGAGUACGUCCAAACAAAUUCUGAGGGAGGGGUAAGAGUUCCAAGGCAUUCAGCUUUACGACUAUAUUUACCCAAGAAAUCGUUAUUGUUGCGCGGCUACGAAGCUCCUUUCAUUAACCAAAGCAAUUUGUGUUAAUUUUACCACAUCAGGAGCACAUCACCCAAUUUCAAAUUGUUUACGAAAGGGCGAGAAUUGUUUCUUCCAUUCCUCCUUAAAACCACCACCUAUAGAUAGACAGAUUGAUUCUGAUCUUCUCGUAGUUUUAAACCAAUACUAAGAAGAAAAAUUAUUGCCACAGAGCAUUUGAUUUUCUUUUUUCUUCUUAGUAUUGGUUUAAAACUACGAGAAGAUCAGAAUCAAUAUAAUUCUGUUACGGUUAAUACGGAAAGUAAUAAUUCUUGCAGAAUGUAUUUCGAAGAGCACUCAAUUCAUUUGAUUGAAGAGCAUUGGCUAAUAUAUAGAUUUAACCAGGGCUCAAAGCAAAGCAUCCGUUACUAUACUUAUGAUAAACUAAUAGCAUGAACUCAAAGCAAAUAAAAAAAUAGAAAUAAGCAGCCUUAGGCAUCAGUUCACCUUUAGAGGGAGGGGCUAAAUGAUUAAGAAAAAAUAUCCCGCAAACAAACCUGAAUUGAAAAACAUGUGAAAUUGUAAGUCUCUUUACAGUUAGUAGCAGCAAUUUACAGGUUACGAUUUCUAAGGUUAGUAUUUGUCUUAAGGGGAAGACCUGAAAGGAAGCCCACUUCGGGACGUUUGUCUUCCCGUAAGCCCAUUACAUUUUUUUUCUUUUCUUCUUCUUCCUUUUUUAAACGGGCCCGGACGAACAGUUAUGUGUAGCGUUAACAUUUACACAGCCUCACAAUAUCUGAUAGAAAGUUUUACCGUAAGGUGUACAUUUUCUUUGAGGACAGACCUAUAAUAGGAAAGCAAGCGGUAACCUUUUUCGCUACUCAUAGUUUCAUCCAAUCUGUAACCUACUCAAAUUGUGCGGUUCGUGUUCAUGUGUUGUGCAGUGCAUUGCUGAGAAACGGCAGUAAUUACACCAUAAAUUAAAAAGGUUAAUAAUACAACAACUUACAACUGUAAAAAAAAAAAAAAAAACAAAUUAAGACAAACUCGUGCUCUAAAAGCCGACGAGUCUGUCGUUAGAAUAGAGCAGAAUUCUUUCAUAUUUGAGAUAAGCUCACCUUUUCAGCGAGAAUACAAGCGUCGUAAACAAACAACUGAGAACAAACUUCGCACUGCAGGAUUAUUGAAUGGCCAGUAAUAGGGGAAUAAGAAAAUGAAUAGCAAUUCAAUGGAACAUUUACAAAAACAACACUUUAAAUUCAAGAAUGGGGAGUAGCCCGUUUGAAGUGUUUCUAAAAAUCUUACGAUCUGUACAGUAUGUGGUCCUUGGUCCGGAGGAAAAAGACGAAAAUGAGUAUUUCUUAUCUUAGAAGAGGAGUAGUGAGCUGACAUUUUUCCUGUGAGUUGUCGUAACAUGUAACUAGCUUGUAACAAACCGACAGCUUCUGACCUUUGCCGAAAAUCCUCGCCUACAUCAUAAAAAAAAUGACCGCUCCGUUUGAAGGCCCCUAGUCCGGCCUUUGGUUCCUUGGCCCGGCCACUUUGGUCACUUUGUAAGCCGACAUCAAAAUUGCGCAAAAAGAAACGUUCCAAGCACCAUCUGAUCUAAAUUCCCGAAUAUUUUCUGUGAAAGGAACCCAGGGGUCAUUUCAAAAGUAGGUUGAGUGUGAUCGUCCGGGUGAACGUAGUCCUGAAUAGGACUGUUGUCUCGACUGGUAGGCCUAAGUAAUUGUAUUUGAUGUUUGUUUUUUUUUUUCUGGUUUCAUGAACUCGCGCGUAGUUUAUGCGGCUAGUUUAUGCACAUUUGUAAGAUUUUAGCCAAUGAUCUGACCUAGUAUCAGGUUUGAUAUAAGCUUACAGAACUUUAAAAGAGAGUCUCAAUGGGGUUAACCGACAGGCGUAAAACGGCCGAAAACUUAGUCGAUGGCCAUGAAAAUAGAAAUAUUUUAACCGUUAGGCAAAGCCGCAAAUAAGGUAAAAAAGAUUAGAUUUGUUAAUUUUAAGGAAGGUGCUGGACUCACUUAUGGUUGCGUUUUUAUAUCCCCGCUACUUUGACUCCAUACGCACGUAAGGCCAAUCGCCUAGCUUUAAGGUUUUGACAUAGACCUUGACAUUGACAAUGUAUUUUUUGUUAUAUUUCCAAAUUUAAAUAAAGUUGAAUAGACCUAAACUCCAUUUCCGCCGCUCUCUCGGGGAACUAUUUUUUUCCAUCGCGAAAAUUUGGCUUCUUGCUGGGGAUUAAUGUUUGCGAUUUUCAGGAGGUCGUGCCCUCGAAAUACUAGCGAAACAGCACGCAGAAUGUCACUGUUUGUAAAACACGUUGCCGAUAAACAACAAUUCCUUGUUUUUCUCUGACGCUUCGGUAGACAUAGCCAUGCCUAGUCCCUCUACGGCGUCUUCCCACGCAAUCCUAAAAGGUAUCUGAGAAAAAAAAAAAAAAAACUCGCUGGGACCACGUCGUGACCCGAAACGCAUUAGCCGCGCGGAAUAACGAGGCCAACGGACAAGGCAACAGCAGACGGUCGUUCAGUACAGUCCUUCGCUAUCAUUAAAAGACACUGGACUUGGGAAUUUUGUUAUUGCCCGUUUUCACACUAGAGCUAGAGAUGGACUAUCCGUCUGAGACUAGCCUGUGUACAAUCGUCCCCUCCCCCACAGACACCCCUUCUCCGAUUUUUUUCUGAGAGGACGGGGCGGCUGUACAGAGGCUAUCUGUAACGGAUAAUCUAUCUUUAAACUGUCCGUCAAAAUUGACGAAUAAAGUCAGGUGGAUUAUUCAUUCAAAAUUGAAACCAUUCCAUUUUUAAAUUAAGACGUUUUACCUAUCUGACGCGAAUUAUCAAACGGAUAAGCCAUCUCACAUAAACAAUCCGUCUCUAGUGUGAAAACGGCCAUUUCUGUUAUAAAUGAAUGUCGCGUCCCGGACUUGGUCGUUCGUGUGUCUGCUUUUGUUUUUUGACAAAGAUUAUUAUUAAUAAAUAUCAGAAGUAGAAUACUUUAUAAAAAGUGUGAUCUAUCACAUGUUACAAUUUUUCAAAAGUAUAGUUUAUUUCAUCCCGAGAUGAUCCUAAAACCUUUAUUUUGCUUUAAAGAUACAAAAACAUACAGGCUCAUUAAUAUUUAACUCUUUGAAACAAAAGAAAUUAAUUUUUAACUUUGUUGUUAUCUUUAACUGAAAAAAAUAAGCCGAUAGCCGUAAAAAAGCCAAAAUUUUAGGAUCAACUAGAACUCGAUCCUAAAGACCUAAACUAAAAAAAAAAAAAAUCCUAAAAACUUAAAGUUUAGGUUUCUGGCAAAUUGCCCACCUACCCUUUCCUUAAGCUAACACUUUGCUCUAGAUAAGAGGUAAGUGUUAACGUUAGCUUAAGGAAAGGGUAGGUGGACAGUUUCCCAGAAAUCUAAAUUGAUUCAGUUUUAGUGGAUAACCGUAAAAGCCACCACCCCAUUGAGUCCCUCUUAAAAAACCUAUAGAUAUUUUCUGACCGCAAAUAGAAAGAGAACGUUCCGAAGAGCAUUAAGUUAUAAUUUUGGCUGUAAAAAGAAAGCUUUGAGCAAUUUUCUUGCCUCGAGGAUCCUCGAGUUCAUCUUGAAAAAUAGCAAACACCGGGAGGUCGGAUUAAACAUAAAUCUGCAAGGUUAAUUACUUACAUGACUCAGCUAGAUUUUUAGAGACACUUUACUCCCAAUACUUGUAUUCGUGAAUGAAAAUUUUUGUCUUUGUAACCGUUUCACUGAAUCAUAUUUCUUUUAUUGAUAAUGUUAGUAGUUUCUCUCCCAAUUUUCAUCGCUGUGCCGGUUGUUUUCAGUCGUACAUGAACAUCGCUUUCAGGAGUAGUCAAAAUGCCGCGCAUAUCAAGCGCUUUUAAAGAUUACACAUAAUAAAACCAUUAAAUAAAAAAGAAACGUAAUAAAUUUUUUAUGUUGAAGCGUAACUCUAUAAAUGUUUAUUCAAACACGCCGGCUCGCACUGCAAAUUUGGCACUUGUCAAAAGUGAGAACCGGCUGGCUUGUAGGUGAUUUUGGAAAUGUUUUUAACGUUUUCCCUAAGAGCCCAUUAUUACCCUGCAUACCACAUAGGAACAGAUUGUUCUGACUGAACAGUCCCGACAUAAUGGAAUUCUCUUCAUGAAAACGUUCUAUUAUUUGUUGUGCAAGGAAGCGCGUGCUUCGAUCGUCCUGAAUAUUGAACGAGUACAAUUUGUCUUGCAUAAUUGUGAAAAACUCCAUUCUGUCCGAGGUCUGUAUGAUAAAAAACAGCUCAUCAUAGUGCGGUUUACCUCAGAUGUGAUGCAUAAAAAGUUUAACCCUAUUCAGACUGGGCUUUUUUGGUCAAUCUGUGACUGGGGGGGGGCUCCUCGGACCCCCCCCCCCUCUGUAUCUCUGGAACCAAUAAUGCUAGGGUCAUGAAAUUUACACACAAUGAUCAUCUCCGUACAAAGAAGCCCCACACCCAGUUUUGACUUUCCAUGCCCAAUGAUGACGUCACAGUGACGUCAUAUUCCGAUUUUUCAAUGUUUCUUAUUAUUUUUUCUACUUAGAUACGUAAAAUAUCAAUAAUAUUGGUAAAGUCAUCUCUUUGUUAUCCUUUCUUAUGAACUAAUAACAAGGAAACACUUGUACAGCGAGAAAAAGCAAUAGGAAGCAAAAAAAUUUAAAACUUGAAAUGGUUGUCCGCCAUCUUGCAUCCGCCAUCUUGGAUCCGCCAUCUUGGAUCUCCGUUUUUUUGUUGAAAUUAUAAUUUAAAGCAACUUUCAAAGGGAAAGAAAGCUCAGAAUGUAUAAAAGAAGUAUCAAACUAAUGUUUAUUACCCAAACAAAUGACUUUGGAAGUGUUAUUUGGAAAAUAGAGCACCAUAUUUGUCAAAGCAAAAAAGUGACAAAUUUUACCCCACCCCUCCCCCCCAAAUAUUCGAUGUUGAAACAUUUUGAUGUAAUUCAAAAACUAGUCCCAAGCAAAGACCAUUUUAACAACAAAAAGCACUAUAAGUGUAAAAACGCGAUCUUAAAACAAAAAAAUCACCAUUUUUUAAAUUUUCCAAAACCUAAGUGUCAGAAACUGGUUGCCAUGGCAACAUGUUUAAUCACAUGGACAUGGUAAUUAUACCAAAAUGUUCCUAGAUAAAUUUUAGGAAAAGUCAGAAAAUUUGAACGUCAUAGCUCUUUCGGUGUAGGAGUUAUCACGAUUUUGCCGGAGGGGGGUUCGAAAAGCCCCCCCCAGUCUGAAUAGGGUUAAAAGGCUGGUGUAUACGCCACCAGUUUUGUUGGCAAGAUUUUGUAAAGUAUAAACUUCUCGAAAACAAAAAAUUCGGCAUGGUUUUUUAUUUUGGCCUCCCUUUUAGACAGAGGAAUGCAACCUAUAAAUUACAACAUGUAAAUUGGCUGUCGCCGAGGACAAUCGUAUCUUAUAACCGGCCUUUCUAGCAUAAAAUUGUAUUUCGGGGUUGUCCAAUUAACCCUAUAAAAUAAAGGUGAUGUAGGUGGGCGACUGGGCUAUUUUGUUUGAUGAUUGCUAUUUUUUUGGGUGUACAUGUAAGACUAUUCAGUGAUUCGACGUAAGAUUCGUUUAACUCUUGAACUGUUGGCAAAUUAUUUUUCUCUAAAAUCACGUAGCCUUCCCCUCCAAAGUCACUUGUGCCAACUGAUUUGGUGGAUUACAAGUUUAUUGUAAGCGCGCGUGCAAAGCCCCAUAGCAAGGUAAAUCUACCCAUCCUAGAAAAUUUGGUAAUCGCGUGACCGUUCACCGCCCGAGCGACCAACCGUCCAACACCACAGGCAUGCCAAUGUAAAAUAACUCAAUCAACAGGCAUGGCAACCCAAAUGACAUUCGAGGUUAUUUUGGCGGUAAAUAGCAUAGCCACCCGCGUCUUGUAAAGCAGAGACAACUAAAGAGUCAAUAAAGACGAAAACGGAAAGCGGAAAUUGUUUCUGUAUCCAGGGUGUCUAAAGUAUUAAGCUUAGAUUAAUUGUCACGUCCAAAAAUUUGCAAUAUAGAGCAAGAAAAAGAAAGAGGAAAAAGAGAAAAUAAGCGGCAGGCCAGCAAAGCCUAGAAAAAAAAAAAGACAAAGGAGACAUUUUGUUGUUGGAAGAACUACAUGAAAAUUUUGCAGCGGCGGUGACCAAAUGAGAAAUGCUAGGAGCCACGAAUGCAAGAUGAAAAUGAGCGGCAGUGAAGAAAAAGUGAACGAGAAAACGUACGACAUUUCCUCCAAAAAACGUGUAACUACUAUCCUGUUUACGUGGAGGUGGGGGAACCCCAGGUAGGUGAGGUAACCCUUCUGUCCAUAUAAUCUCUCAUUUUAAAUGUGAUCACGUUUACAUGUUAGGUGGGGUAACGGGCCACAUGUUACCUCACCUACCUGGGGUCCCCCACCUUCAUUGUGCAAAACAGCGGCAAAGAAGUGUACAAAAAAAGUGUGCUGCCCGUGCAAAGUUGCUUUUUUGUUAAUUAGACCUUUUGUUGUUUUUCACCGUUCUCCGGCGUUGCUUUCGCCGCUUAGCAUUACACGAUUCUAUAGAGUGUUUUCACAUGACGUCACGGCGGCCGUAUUGGUGUCCCAAACAAAUCCUGUGGGAGUUAAACUCUUUUCUUAUGCAAAUGCUUACUUUUGUUCCAAUAAAUUUGGAUAGAUGAUGGCCAAGUGACUGAAAACGCUCUAUAGUUUGUUUGAACAAGCUUAAAUAUUAUCGAGAGCUUCACUUUUAGCCCUGGCUUAAUCUAUAUGUUAUUAUUACCUGGUACUGUGAUUUAUUUGACUACGCUUUCUUUCAUGAAUUAAGUGCAGCUUUCUUUCUUUCUCCAAUUAGCUCAACCGUAACGCUUUUUCUCGUCUUUCUUUUUCUUCUUUUUUGAUUAUGGUUUUUAGGUUAAAUCAUACGGAAAGCUUCUUUGAUGUACUGCCAACUCGGAUAAAUGAUGCUGGCGUGAGAUACGAUAUACCUUGUUCCUGUGAUAAACAAGAUGAGCACGGUAACCCGGAAUGCAAAAAAGAACUUCCAACGCAUUAUUUCAAUAUUCUAGAUCAGCAAGGAAGAGUUGUCGUACCCUCUGGCCCCGGAGGACAGGGAAGGGAAAAGAGAAACGUGGAAGAUUCAGAUGAUUUAACAGAUGAAGAUUUUGACCUGUUUCAACGCGUAAAUUUUGGUUCGGGCGUUCAUAACCGUCUCAGACGAGCAGCACCAGCUAUAUCCCGAUUCUCAAAGAAAAAUUCAACGCAUUACUGCAGGAAAUUGAUUGCAGAUACCAAAAUCGGCAAGAGCUGUGCCAAAGUAGGAAGUAAUGUCCAAGCGCUCGUUAACUCCUGCUCUAUAGACUUGGAGGUAAAAAGGUUUCCAUUUCGUUUGUUUGGUUAUUGUUGCUUUGAGUCCAGUCGUUAGUGGGAUUCCGGAUUUCUUGAGCUGUUCUCCGGAUUCGAAAGCCCAGGAUUCCGGACUCCACAAGCAAAACUGAUCAGGAUUCGAGAAUCCAGCCGAUUCCUUUGCAUGGGGCGACCUUCGACUUCUCAAAUUUUAUCGAUACGUUUCUGUACCACCAACUGUGACGCGAACUGGGACUUUUGCCAAGACAUUAUUUGACAAUCUGGAGCCAGCGGCAUGUAAACUCUUUUAACAGAAUUAUGCUCUCUGUUUCAAUCAGGAGCGCAACGCGAUCAACUUGGAAGAUAAGAAUAUUCAGGGGCGUAGCUAGGAUUUUUCAAGAGGGGGAGUGGGGGUUCACGCUGUGUCACACCCAGGGUACUUACCAGAUUGGCAUGUUGACAUCCAGGCGGUUUUUUACUAAAAAGGACAUUUUUUUUCGAUCAGCAGUGGGCGUAGGAAGAAGGACAAGCCUACAAGAUAGCUGCAUAGAUUAAUUAAGUUCCACGUAGAAUAAAUUACUCUAUUUUAGUUUAUACGAAAAAGAACAUUGUCCACUGCAGAUGUUCGGUCCUGCAAAUGGAGUAAGCAACUAUCUCGCACUGGAAAAGAUUCAUUGCAUGUUGAUUCUUGGGAUUCGCGUGUUUUGGCCACUUCACGUAUAGGGACAUAAAACAAUUACCUGACAAAGGGGGGUCACAGGCACCCCAGGUCACCCCCAGCUACGCCCCUGAUAUUUGCAGUUCAAGUUCGAGAAACAACAGUGCUAUUAAAAAAAAAUGGCAUGAAAACCGCUCAAUACGAAUGACUCAAAGAUAGUUUUCCGGUUUUAUUUCAGUUCUCAGUUGCUUCUCGAAUUCUCUGUAAUUGCGUAUCUACGUCUGGAAUCUCUAUCAAUGGCGAAACAAGCGCUUGACUUGGCAGCGUAGAUAAAUAUCCUUAAAUCUGGAUACAAUUAUCUGACGAAAAGAACAGUCACAAGGGAAAGGCAAUCCUGGGAAAUGGGAACAGACCCAAACAGUCAUUGCAGUAUUUUUGGUGCUUCGUAGGGUCUGCUCGCGUGCUUUCUUGAUAUUUUUUUUUCUGACAGGUCACAACUCAAUCAGCAUUCGUGAAAUAUUUCAGGUGUUACGGUUUUCUGAGCUUGUGAUAGUUGCUGAUAAGAAUGAACUACCACAUGUAUCUUCUUUAUAUUUCAGCUGACCGGCGAUACCUCGUUUGCUCUUUCUGCUGUUACGUUGCUGAUGAAUGAAUGUGGUGAAAUUAUUGGGAGAAACAUGUCUUCAUACGUUAAUGAAAGUGGUGAAGAGAAACCUGAAAUCCCUCCCGAAAUGUCAGAAAUUGUUGAAAACCUAUGUCCAAGUGAUUGCACGUUCAAUGGGAGAUGCGUCCAUCGCACUUGUAUUUGCAACCACGGAUUUACAGCAAAUGACUGCUCGAUAUCGAUUUAUCAAAUACCAGAUAUUUCAAUGUAAGCUUUUAAUAUAUUUGAAUAAACUUAUUUAGUGAUUUAUAAGUUUCAUGAAAGAAUCGAAAUAUUUAAAGUAAAGAUCCGCUUUCACUGACAUUAAAACGUUUAAGCUGCCAACUUAAAUUUAGGAAAGUGGCAAGUAAGUCAAUUCCAAAAAUGUUGCCUUCGCCGGAAUUGUUAAGCGGGGUGAAGGAAAAUCUCCAAGCUAAGUGAUUCCAGAUCAUAGAAUAUUAAAAUAAAUCUUGUUUAGUGAGUUCAGUCAGUGAUGUUUGAAUCUUUUUGACAAAGGGCAAGCUAGCACUCUAAACGCCAGCUUUUGCCAGUGAAUCCUUUUGGCACUCAGGCAGAGAAAAUUGACUAUAUAAAUUAAUUGCCUUGUGACAUUGGAUGUCGAUUUUUUCGAUUAUUUCUUACAUACAUGGUUCCUUUUCUAAAGACUUAUCCUUAGGAACAAUCAUUACGCUGUUUAUCCCAUAGGUUACAAGGAGAUGGUUUGUGUGAUAAACGUAAACGGCUAUGUAAGAAGGUGUCUGUAAUGGGAUCUGGUUUUCUAAAUUCCACAAACAUGACCUGUCAUGUCAAAGAAUUUACGGUAACUCUUUCAACGUUUUCUAUUUUGUUAUUUCAGUGCUUCUACGUUGCUCUUGUUGUUGUUGUUUUUUUCCAAGGCAUAUAAAUUGACCUGAGUUCUUCACAAUCCAUGUAUAUGCUUGUGGGGGCAUAGACUUUCAAUGGUUACAAACACGACAUAUCUUAAUUAUACAAUUUGUCGUUUAUCGUUUUACGCUCUUGGUUUCUUUUAGGUCACAAACAGCUCCUGGACACCAAAACAAACAGAAAUUAGAACAACUGGUGUAAUGACCGACUUGGUGUUGGCAGAAUGCCAUUUGCCUGAGUCCCCUGUGAGGCCGGGAUAUUACCAUGAAAUCACUUCAGGAACACCUGCUGCUGGAUUGGUUAUAUCCAUGUCCAAUGACGGCGAACACAAGAGCUCUAGGAAUCUCACAUUCAUAUCAUAUGACUCUGCAUGUAUGACUUGCAAUGUCACUACCGGAUGUGUUUUGAAAGUAAGUGCAGUUUGGCAUCAAGAAAACCAGUCGCUAGGGUAUUUAAAAAAAAAACUGAUACGUGUUUUUUCCUUCUCCAUUCCCUCCAGAUUUCAAAAGCGACCUUCGUUUGCUUUUGGGAGAGACCCGUCUUCGUUUUUAAGUGCUUGUGAUCAGUAUCUUCGUUAGGCAAGAUAAUAAGUUUAAACCCUUUUUCUUUCCUUUUUCUUGUUUGUGCAUGUCCAAUUAAAGUAAACAUCCCAUUGAAUGUUUUUUAUAGGCAUGCGUUUUAUGGUUUUUUAUGGUGUAUGGUAUACUGCUGCUCGGUUAGCUUAGUUGGGAGAGUGUUGGUCUUCUGAGCGAUGGGCCGCGAGUUUAAACCCCUUCCGGACCAACAGGAGGUCUUUAAAAAACUGGCGUGACAAUCCUCUCGUGAUUAAACACUUUCUUACUUAAGAUGAACGCGUCAUUGGGCGGUGACGUUAAGCCGCUGGCCUUGUUUCUUUGAUCUUACAUAUUAGUUGGAAGGGGACGUGAAAGGGGAUGACGUUUGAAAAGGGUAGUGGACGUAGAGCCCGGCUUCGCCUUCAGAUGCGAUCUUACGAUAGAGUACACUGUCAUCAGCAAAAAGCUCUGUGCUACAGCUUACACUUAGGGGGAAGUCGUUUAUAUACAGCAGUAAAAAAAGUGGCCCUAAUAUACUCCCUUGAGGAACAUCAGAGGACACAACCAUCCAUACUGAUGAAUGGCCUCCAAUAAUAACUCUUUGUGUACGGUCUGACAGUUAAUCAUGAAGCCUGGAAAACAAAUGACCCCAAAUGCCAAAACACUGCAACUUAUAAAACAAGUGAUGAUGAGAAACCUUGUCGAAGGCCUUUGCAAAAUCCAGAAAGACCACGUCCACUGAGUGACCUUUCUCAAGAGAACUGUACCAUGAGUGUAGCAGCUGAAGAAGUUGAGUGACACAUGAACGAGCUUCUCUAAAACCAUGUUAGCUCUCACUCAGCAGCCUAUGAUGUGUUAAGAACUUCAUAAUAUGUUUAUGGAUGACACGUUCCAAAGACUUGACUAAAAUACUUGUUAGAGAGACUGGUCGUCUUAAAGGUUCGAACGCACCUCUCUUGUUCCUCCACAAUUCAGCCAUUGGCUGGAAAAGAGGAAAACUGCCACUUCGGUGUCCUUUCGUUCUCUAAUUUCCCAUUCUUUCCAACCAUUACUUUGGGACUUUGAUCACUGGCCGUUUUUAAAGAGGGUGUACCUUUAAUACGUGACUGCUUAAUGGAGAUUCAAUUGUAUUGAAACAUUAUAUUUCAUCAUAUUUUUCAGAAAAACUCUUGCUUUAUCAAUAAUUACUGCUUUUCCACAAAUGAAGCCAACCCCAUCAACUGGUGCCAGCAGUGUAUUCCAAAUAUGAGUGAAAGAACUUGGACAAAACGACAAGGUAUUUGCAAUGAAAUGUCGGUACAUGUAUCUUUCAACCUUUUAUCGAGGAGAAAACCCUUUAAUCAGCUGUUUAACCUUCAUAUGUUUCAGUUUAGUUGUUUUCGAAGCGUGCGCUAAACUAAUAAAAAGUUGGCUAAACAUACCACAAUACUUGUGGAACACAGCACACUAUUUUCGAAACACAACACAAACGUCUCGAAAUCAAUGCACAUUUUAUGUUGUUUUAAGACGUACUAACCCAUCAUUACUGACUGUUGGCACGUAGAGGGCCUUGCAAAAUCAUGCCUUUUUGUUUUCUUAACAAUUUCGUGCCUCGCAAGGGGUCUUGUGAUUACCAAAAGCUGAUACAAUUUAUAAUUGAUAUUCACGAAGCCUAACAGAGGAGUUUACGAUUAUGACGAGAUUACAUUUAACCACCCUUGUAUUUAAAAAAAGUCUUUUGUCAGAGGCAUUUCCUCAGCCUGACCAGAAAAAGAGGGAAAAAUGACGCUAUCCAUGUAAAUGACAACAAAAUGGUAAAAUGCGUAGUUUGAUCACAGAAAGCCCAUAGCCAGACGUAUCGAUACAAGAUUUGAAUAUUCAAGCUUAGGGACCGUGCCCGCUCGACAAAAUACCACCUUCUACGGCAAAGACGGUACGUGUACUUAGCCUCCUGUUCAUCACGGUAACAUUUUGUAUCUUCCAGUGAACCUUCCACCUCAGUUUUUGUCCACCAAUAAGUACUUCGCGCUGUCUCAAGAAGAUCUAGAGCUGGGGAUAGACGUUUCAGAUCCAGAAGGCAUGCCUGUCACUUUAACAUUAACAGACGGAAGUCCAACAAAAGCAGUCAUGCGAGGCAACAUUUUAUUAUGGAAUGCCACCGAUGAUGCCAACACACGGUUCUCUCUGAAGGCUACAGAUGCAUGUGGAGCCGUAUCCACAUUAAAUAUAACUGUCAACUUGGUUGCGUGCCAGUGUCAAAAUGGAAGUUGUGUUCCACAUAGAAACAAGCCAAGAGGCUCUGGUUUCUAUGAAUGUAAUUGUAUUCCUGGUUUCACUGGUGCUAAAUGUGAAACUAAUAUCGAUGAUUGCCAGUCAUAUCCUUGUUUGCAAGGUAAAAAAAUAGUGCAGGGAUUUUCAAAUUACCUGAUCAGGAGGCAACGUGACCGAGUUACUAGCGCGUCGGAUACACAGUCUGGCGGUCUCGCUCUGGUCACUUGCUGGAAUUGUUCUCGAUCGUCCCGAGUUCAAAUCUUUGGCUAUGCAUCUUUACACAAUUGAAGCCUUGAACCUUACUAGCUCUUUUUCGUAUAGCCAAGUUCUCGUGUUCCAAGCACUCAGAAAGUGGGAGCGGCGUGUUUAGAUAGUGCUAUGGGCGCAAAUAUUGUGCCCAUGGACUCCAUCGUUGGAUUAGUGCUUCGACAAACGGACCUUUAUACACGGUAAUAUGAAAACUAAUAGUAAGAUUGGGGAGAAAUCCAUUCUUGUAACGGUCUUGUAAGUUAGUUAAAAGAAAAGUGCAAUCGUAUUUGCUGCUUUCGUUUUCUCCAGCAGAGAUACCUGUUGGCAAAUAAACGUAAGUACAAACAGGGAACUAGAAGAAGUAGAAGAAGAAGAAGAGAGAGAGAAAAAAAUCAAACCGCUUACUGGUUUCUCAUUUCACUUUGACGAUCUCUUCUACUUCAUUUGUUUCUUCAGCAGCCCAACUUUAUGAAUUCACUACUUGAUACAUUCUAAAUCACACUAUAUUUUUCAGUCUAUUUAUUCGGCAUUCACAGGGUAUUGUAUCGACGAGGUUAAUCAAUUCAAGUGUGUCUGUAAUCAUGGGUAUGUUGGAAAGAAGUGUGAAAUAGACUAUGAUGACUGCGGAGUGUCUCCCUGUGCCCAUGGUAGGUCAUUAUCACCGGACGAUUGGAAUAAAGUCAUUUAGUGAGAUUUAUAACCUCUCGUGUAUUUUGAAUAUUACAAAUACACGUUUACUCUCAAAGAGUCAUCGCCAAGCCAGAUACAUUGAAUGAACUGACCUGAGUUCUGAAAUAAUGGCAAUUAUGUGUACUUCCCAGUCACUGUGGCUUCGCUCCAGCAACUUGAAUCUUAACGUUAAUGACUGAAAAAAAGGGACGCAAGACGUCACGGAAGAACCGACGCGGUGGCCUAGUUGUUUUGGGAGUGCAGAGCUGGACUGACAUUAUGGCGGAAGAUUUUAUACGUCCUGUGAAGUUGAAAUAGCCUAACUACCGACUAAAAAACAUAACAACAAAUAAAAGACAAAAACCUUAGAGCCAAAGUUACUCGCAUUGAUAGGUUACUAGAUUUUCUUGCCCAUUUUGCUCGCUGCAAGUUCAUAUGUAGCUCUUAAGUCGAAAUAAAACGGUCAAAUUAAGUUUCGUGCAUUAGCAUAAGUAGUUAGGCUUUUGAAUUGGGCAUAAACUACGAACAUAUCAGAAACUAUACAUCAAGAACCAAUUUAUACGUGAAUCAUCUUCUGUUACUAGGCAAUUGUACCGACUACCCAGGAACAUACAGGUGUGCCUGUGAUUCUGGCUAUGGUGGACAGAAUUGCUCCAUUGACAUAGAUGAAUGUCAGUCGUCACCGUGCCGGCACGGUAAGUAAAGUAUUUAAGAUCAAAACAAUUGUAUUCAGACAAACAGGGACUAUUUAACCCACGAGAAGACAUUAAGUCACUUACUAGAUACCAGUUAAACGAGGGAACAUAGCAGCAAUUACAAGAAUCGAGUUAAAACAUUUUUAUACAUGUAGCUAAUAAAGAAGGUUUUAAAGGUCUACGUCAUGCUAUCUGCUAUCUUUUGAAAAAACUAAAACUAUUUUCCAUCAAUUGAAUUCCAAAAAUAACGGUCCAGUUUUGUUUUCUGAGACUAUAUUUGGUAUUUGGGCAUUGAAACUGUUUCCUGUGGUCUGUUGCAACGGAUUUCAAGGAUGGACAUGGAUUGAAAUUUGAAAAAGUUGGGCCAACCUCGUCAAGUUUUAAUGCUACGCAUGCAAAAUCACUAAAACAAAUUGCUAUGCUUAUUGCUCCCUAAUGGAAGUUUUUCGAUAUCUUCAUAAGUUUACAGGAGCAUUUUAUCUAUGGGUAAAGGCAAUAAGUAAUGACUUCAGAACAGAACUGACCUAAACCCGCUGCAAUAUCUUCUUGACAUAGCCCGUUUAAAACCACCACUUAGAAGGCCUUAAUUUAAAAUGAUCAGUGAAAUGCCUUUUUCCAUAUGAAAACUUUUUCAUGUAUGCAGUAUACCUGUGUUCUUUGUUUUACCCCAUUUCAAAUACAGGGACCUGUGUUGAUCAGAUAAAUGGAUACAAAUGUCAGUGUCAGCCUGGUUACACAGGAAUAGACUGUGAUGUAGAUAUUGACGAAUGCCAGUCAUCUCCUUGUAUAAACGGUAAGGUGCAGGUGAUUAGAGUAGAGAAAUCAGAUAAAUGGAUACAAAUGUCAGUGUCAACCUGGUUACACAGGAAUAGACUGUGAUCUAGAUAUUGAGGAAUGCCAGUCAUCUCCCUGUUUUAACGGUAAGGUGCAGGUGAUUAGAGUAGAGAAUCAAAUUCAAACUGACAGGGAUGAAUCCCUUAGAAACAGCAGAGGGUCAAUGAACCAAUAAAGAAAAUAAACAAGUAUGUAAACAGUAAACUUGUCUCCUUUACUUUCACUUACAUGUUUUUCAUCCACCGGUACGUGUUAUUUCCUUCAAUUCUUUACAAAAUGUUUAAAAUCAUAGAUUAAGCGCUGUUGCCUGCCACACCUAAUCAUAUACAUCUCUAAUCGCUCCUUUCGGAAAAACAUAGGCAAACCUUCAUCGCCGCUUACGCAGGCUAGCGGGGCUGGCGAUCAGUGCUUUCACUCAAAAGCCAAUAAUCUCUAAAAAAAGUUAUAUUGUUUACUGCGUGCCAUGUUUUGAGCCGAUGACUGAUUUUUAAUUUUUUCCGGUAUCUUAGCUAGCAAUUUUUGUGUUGUUUUGUUUUGUUGUUUUUUUUAAUUUUAUUUUGUCUUUGUUCGUCACCGUCCAUCACUUUUGGGAAGGUCGUUUUCAUACCUCAUUAUCAGAGUCCAUUUUAUCAUGAGGGAAUGUGACUACUAUUAUAUGAUGUAAUUUGAUGUUCGGGGAGGGGGAAAUUAAUGAAUGCGUACAAUAUAAUUCGCUGUUAACUGGAUUCUUUGCAUUCCACCGACCUUGGCACGGGUCUGCGGAAGGCAAAGGCUCUUAGCCUAGGAAAUCUGAAUUUGUCAACUACAAUUCAUUGUCAUUCAAAUAAGAAUAAAGGCUUAUUAACCCUUUAAGCCCUAUUAAAGAGUUAUCAGCAUCGAAUUCCUCCUUGUAAUAUUAAUGCUUUUUAAAACAGAGUGGUCAUGAGAAUUACAAACAUGAUCGUACAAGAUGAAUUUGUUUGAUAGUUUAUCAACUUUUCCCCACUACUUCUACAGGAAAUGAAUAGGGGCAACAAAUGAGAAUUCAAAUUUGCAUCUUAGGGUUUAAAGGGUUAAACUGAGUGCUCUUACUUGAUCUCACGAAAGCUUUAGACACGGUGGAAUAUGAACUCCUUCUCCAAACGCUCAAACUUUAAGGAUUUGGAUCCUGAAGCUUACAAUGGUUUCAAUCCUGUUAACUAGUCACAAACAGAGAACAUAAUUAUGUAAAUAGUGCUUUGUCUGACUACUGCUCCUUUAUUUUUGGUUUCCCUUAAGGAUCCAUUCUAGGACCUUUAUCGUUACUGAUUUAAAUGAACGAUCUUCCUGCAUGUGGCUUAGCCUCAACACCAAGGCUUUAUGCGGAUGAUACAUUUCCUAGCGUUGCUCUCGUGAUCCUCUUGACUUUCAAUCAAAGCUAAACAAGGCUUCGAGUUUUAUGCAAUCUGGGCUUCAAGAAAACAAACUUACUCUUGAUGUUAAAAAAAACCCAAAAUAUUCUAUUAUUUCUAAUCAAUGUAAACUGGUUCAUUACGUUCAUCACCGGAUAUGAAAAAUAAUGGACAUCAAAUCGAUAGUGUCCAAAGUCACUGAUAUUUAGGAAUCGAAAAAGAUGACACUCUGAUACGGCACUCUCUUAUUGACCAUCUAGUCAUAAAAAUGUCAGGUAGCCUGGUCGUUUGCGAGCAAAAGCUUUAGAACAACUGGAUACCUUAAUAAACAGGUACGGCGCUCCUAUGGUACUACAUUUUGACAAUUGCAGCCCUAUACGGGCAUGCAUAGGAAAAGCGGUUACUACAUAUGUAUGUAGUAGGUCAUAAAAUAAAUAAUCGCUUCCCACCUCGCAUACAUGACUUUUUUAAAAUACAUCAGAAUUUCGUUCCCACAAUUUAUAAGGAGUUCGGCUCAUAAUUAACCUAUACCAAGGCCUCAGUCGUGCUACGCUCUGGAACAGCCUUGCCGCUCAAACAAAAAAAUCUAAACAACAAAGAAUGCCUUUAAAGAAUCCCUGCCAGGAAUUUAUACAUAAUAAAUAAACGCUCCAUAAUUUUUAGUAUAAUAUUCUCAUCAUGGUAAGAUUUAAUGAAUCACAAGGCUCAACAAAAGAGCAUAUCUUUUUGUGAAUAUGAAUUGAUAGCGUGUUUAAAUGAAGCUUUAUGUAGGUUAUAGUCAAAGCCCAUAUAGUUUAAUGCAGGUGGUUUUAACACAACCGACACAGCUUUUUAUAAUAAUUGAUGAUUUCAUUAGUCGUCUUGGCGAACUGUCUGGCUAGAAUGUGGAUAUAUAGUUCGUCAUGUAAAUGUAACUUGAUGACCAUUUUUUAUCGUCUCAUCUAGUAAUUCAGUCUAUGUUCAUUUAUUCUCAGGGACGUGCGUUAACAAAGUCAACGGUUAUAAUUGUGUCUGUCAAGCUGGCUUUAACGGAACAAGAUGCGAGAAUAACAUUAACGAGUGUCUUUUAAAUUCCUGUGGAAAUGGUGAGAUAUGCGUUUUUCGGACGUAUAAGAAAUUUAAUUAAUAAAGAAUUUUAGAAUCGUUUACUACAAACGUUAAACGUCAAUUUUUUUUUAUACCACGUGACGGUUUAUUCAGUUGAUUAAUAUAUCUACACAAAAUAAGUAUUUUUCAAGUCAGAUUCAUUCAUAAAAAUCAUUAUGGACGGUUUUGUAUCUGCUCAUUUCCUAAUUUCAUAAAUUGUCCCCAAAUGUAACUUUAGAUCUCCUUAUAAUACUGUCACUGGUGCUACCCAACCCAGUCUUCCUUCUUCCUUUAAGCAUUUCGCAAAGAAAUAGCUUCAUCAAAGUUUACGAAGAGGAUACUGAUGUGAACUUUCUUUCAACAACUUAAAUAAUUUGUUCCUUAUCUGUUAGAUCGUUUUUAACUGCGCGAUUUCUUCCUUUUUUUAUCAAUUAGGAAAUUCGUUUUUGUUGUUGUUGUUGUUUUUUUUCAGGAAUUUGUGUUGAUAAAGUUAACAGCUAUAGCUGUAUUUGCAACGCUGGAUUUACAGGCCGACAGUGCAAUGUUGCUAUCACACACUGUAGGAGUGACUCGUGUUACCCUGGCGUACCUUGCACGGAAAAAAUCAGUCAUAUCGUAUGUGGGCCUUGUCCAUCUGGUUUCACCGGUGAUGGUAAAAUCUGUAAAGGUAAUUAAUUAAUUAAUUUAAUUAAUUUAAUGCACACAUAAAGCGUACAGAUAACAUAACAUACGAAUCAUGUAAUUCUUUCUAAAGUGCUUAAACAUGGCAAAAGCCAGUUACGGGUUGCCCUGAGUUUCUUUCUCAAAAGUAAGGCUCGGUGCGCGUUCAUGUGACGUGUGUGACGCACACACUUGACCCCACCAAACAAACGUCUUUGAAUUUCCGCAACUUCCCGGAGCUAUAUCUUCGCUCGCUUAAGACGUAUCACUUUCAAAUUUGGCAACAUUACUAAUUUUAAGGCGCUCUUCUCAGUGGUGUCGACCGAUUUUCCCUAACUGGUCCAUAUCAAAAGUUGAGAAACCGUGAAAAGGUCUAUUUCGUUUGAUCAGCGAAUGCUCUGCGCUGGCUUUUACUCCUUGGAAAGAGUUGCAGUAUUGGUAUUUGUUGGGGAAAAGGCAUACAGAUCAUAGUCCUGGCUUCAAUUCGUGAACGGUUAAAUGAAAGAUGGUUAGAGAUGGACCUAGCAGAACAUUGUGUGUACUGGUAAUGCCGCAGUCAUAAUUGUUGCUAACAUCAAAAUAAACAUGCUUAAGCGAUGAAUUUGUCUUCUAACCUGUUUAGCACCACUGAUUUUUGUUAAAGAAUUCCUACCAAUGAAUUCCUUUUUUUCCGAAUCUAGCUUAACGUCUCCGUCUUUACUGCUUUAAUUGCAUCGAUGACAAUCAGAUUCCGUCUAUACGCAUCCCACACUGCAGUAGUAUACUCUAAAUUUUGUAUAUCAAUACAAGUAUUAGAGGCUGAAAAGAAAACAAGAGCGUUAUAAUUAGCGCCUUACAACUAAGAAUGAUCUUAUUCCUUUUCUAGUAAUAUUACUCUGAUAUGAGACCAUUCCAUAUAAUGAUUUUGACGGGGCCUGGUCUUUUAUUUAAUCUGACCAUCCAUGCAAAAAUUAAUCAACAUCGAUUUCUUCUCCCUUGAACUCCUUAUUGUACUCUAAGUCCCGUUAAACUUCGUCUGCCAUAAGGUCAUUAUCUUUCUAGGCAAUCUUCAAUCUUUAAUUGUUGUUGUCGAUGCAUGCUGCAGGUAGGAUUUACUACUUCUAUAAGAAGUUUGAUAAUCCGCCUUAACCUUUAAUUACAGAUACAGUAAAACCCCGCGUAUAAGAACCUAGGUUUUUUUUUUGAUUUAGCCUUAACAGGUUCUUAUAUAAAUGGUACUUAAAGCAAAUUUAGACUACCAAGGUUCUCAAAAUAGGUUCUUAUAUAUAUUUUCAUAUGAAUUUCAUUUAAAUAUAUUAUAAAUAUCAUCUCAUAAUACAAUAUAAAUCAUUUAUACCAUAAAGUAAUGCCUAAAGCCAGUACAGUGCAGGUAUGUCCUUAACAAAACAUAACAAACAAACUCAUAGUCAGUUCCCUGAAAUGCCAUCUCAAAGUUGAUACCAAGAAAAUCUUGAGACAAAUACAGUACAUUCAUAACCAGUUCCACUGAUAAGAACCUGACUUAAAAUGUUAGCCUUAACAGGUUCUUAAAACCCAGGUUCUUAUAUGCGGGGUUUUACUGUAUUGAUGACUGUGUCAAUCACAAUUGUCAAAACGGUGGUUCUUGUGUGGAUGGCAUCAACAAAUUCACGUGUAACUGCCUUAAGAGUACACUGGAAACGCUCAUAGGGGAUCAGCAAGAAACGCUCGAUGAGAAGUGUUACAAUUGAAUACUCUAGGACUAAUACCUUUUCACUUAAGUCAGAAUGGAGGGAGAACGUAGAUAACUGGACAGUAAACUUGAUGAUUUUCCAUGAAAAUGAUUUUGUUUUCACACGAGAUAUUUGCUUUACAUAUUUAUUAACCAUUAGAAACAUUAUAUGUAUUUCAUUGGGUAAUCAAUAAUAAUGAUACCAUUGUUGUUGUCUUGUUGUGGUUAAAAUCCCGAAAAAUAACCAAGAAUUCUAAUAUUCAAGGAGAUAUAGAGCAAAACAAGAGAGUUUCUAACUUUGAUUUUCUUAUUAAUUUUAUAUCAUGGUCUUUUCAUUGCAGCCGUUCAAACUCCUAGGACCUUUUAUCACUAUUGCUUCUCAAACGAGAAAUUUGCUUUAUAUAAGAAUUAACCAUCAGAGACAUUAUUUGCAUUUCCUUCUGUAGUCAAUAAUGAUAUUGUUAUUGUUGUCUUGUUGUGGUUAAAUACCCGAAAAGAACAAAAAAUUUUAAUAUUCAAUAAGAAACAGAGAAAAACAAAAGGUGUUCUUUACUUGAUUUUCUUAUUAAUUUUAUGCGGUAACCAUUCUUUUUGUAUUGUAGCCGUUUAAACUGUUCCUUUUAUCACUCUUGCUUGUUGUCAAGUUUUGUAAGGGAAUAAAUUAAGUCUUAUUCAAUUCGAUUUAGAAAACGGAGGGUCGUGGGUUCGAAUCCAAUCUGGGGAUCAGACUUUUUCUGUGUCCUCUUAUGGUUGAUUCUUUACAUCUCCCUUUAUUUCCUUUAUUCUUAUUGAAUUUACAGACAUUAAUGACUGUGUAAAUCACACUUGUCAAAACGGUGGUUCUUGUGUGGAUGGCAUCAACAAUUUCACGUGUAACUGCCUUAAAGGGUAUACUGGGAGUCAUUGCCAGACAGGUAUGCCGCUUUGAAGGAAAAAUUUGGUUUUCUCAUGGAAUACCAAUUUAACCAUUAGAAUAUAUACUUGAGACAAUUUGACAUCCACUUCUAAAAGACCACUUACGUUAUAAUUUAUACUUCUAUGUUUUUGGCAGACAUUAACGACUGUGUUAAUCACACAUGUUUGAACGGUGGGUCGUGUGUAGAUGAUGUAAACAAUUACACCUGCAGAUGCGUUCCAGGAUUUAAAGGAGAUCGCUGCGAGAAAAGUAAGAUUUUAUGGAAUUUUAUUGACAUUAAAUAACUUUUUCAUUUACUUUAAAUAAAAAAAUAAGGAAAGUCAAAUAAGAACUUUGCAACAAACGUUCGAUGAGAAAUGUUGUAACUAAAUACUCUUGGACUUACACCUUUUCACUCCACUGCAAGUGGAGGGAAAACUUAGAUAACUGGACUGAUGAAAAGUUGAUGAUUUCCCUUGAAAGUGAUCAUUUUCUUUACAAACGAGAAAUUUGCUUUACAUAAGAAUAAACCAUUAGACACAUUAUAAGGGUUUCCUUCUGUAAUCAAUAAUGAUAUUGUUAUUGUUGACUUGUUGGGGGAUAAAUACCCGGAAAAUAAAACAAAAAUUGCUAUUUUGUUAUAGCCGUUUAACCUGCUUCUUUUAUAACUCUUUUUUUUUUUGUUAAGUUUUGUAAAGAAAUAAAUUAAGUCUUAUUAACUCUAUAAACAAUAGCGACAGUGUAAAUCACACUUGUCAAAACGGUGGUUCUUUUGUGGAUGGCAUCAACAAUUUCACGUGUGACUGCUUUAAGGGUAUACUGGAAGUCACUGACAGACUGGUAUGCAGCGUGCAAGGAAAAAUUUGCAUUCAUGUUGCUUGACAUUUCCAUCAUAAGAAUACUUCUUUUAUCAGUAAUAAUUAUAUUAUUACUGUGGCCUUACAGCGGUUUAAUACCCGGAAAAGAACCAAGAAUUUCAAUAUUCAAAAAGAAAUAGAGGAAAACAACAUGUGCUCUUGAUUUGAAUUUUUCAUUAAUUUUAUACCAUUCUUUUUUUCAUUGUAGCCGUUUAAACUGUUCCGUUUAUUACUCUUGCUUGUUGUCAAGUUUUUUAAAGAAAUAAAUUAAGUCUUAUUGAAUUUGAUUUAGAACACGGAGGGUCGUUGGUUCGAAACCCAUCUGGGGUUCAGAUUUUUUCUGUGUCCUCUUAUGGUUGAUUCUUUACAUCUCCCUUUAUUUCCUUUAUUCUUAUUGAAUUUACAGACAUUAAUGACUGUGUAAAUCACACUUGUCAAAACGGUGGUUCUUGUGUGGAUGGCAUCAACAAUUUCACGUGUAACUGCCUUAAGGGGUAUACCGGGAGUCACUGCCAGAUAGGUAUGCCGCUUUCAAGGAAAAAUUUGGCUUUCUUAUUGAAUACCAAUUUAACCAUUAGAAUAUUUGAAACAAUUUGACUUGCACUUCUAAAAGAUCACUUACGUUAUGAAUUAUAUUUCUAUGUUUUUGGCAGACAUUAACGACUGUGUUAAUCACACAUGUUUGAACGGUGGGUUGUGUGUAGAUGAUGUAAACAAUUACACGUCGUGCAGAUGCGUUCCAGGAUUUAAAGGAGAUCGCUGCGAGAAAAGUAAGAUUUUAUGGAAUUUUAUUGACAUUAAAUAACUUUUUCACUUACUUUAAAUAAGGACAAUAAGAAAAGUUAGAUAAGAACUCUGCAAGAAACUUUCCAUGAGAAAUCUUAUAACUAAAUACUCUUGGACUUACACCUUUUCACUCCAGUCCGAGUGGAGGGAGAACUGAGAUAACUGCACUGAUAAAAAAGUUGAUGAUUAUCAUUGAAAGUGAUUUUCUUUUCAAAAGAGAAAUUUGCCUUAUAUAACAAUUAACCAUCAGAGACAUUACGUGCAUUUCCUUCUGUAGUCAAUAAUGAUAUUGUUAUUGUUGUCUCGUUGUGUGUAAAUACCCGAAAAGAACAUGAUUUUCAUAUUCAAUAAGAAACAGAGAAAAACAAGAAGUGUUCUUUACUUGAUUUUCCUAUUAAUUUUAUACGGUAACCAUUCUUUUUGCACUGUAAGCGUUUAAACUGCUCCUGUUAUCACUCUUGCUUGUUGUCAAGUUUUGUAAGGAAAUAAAUUAAGUAUUAUUGAAUUUACAGACAUUAAUGACUGUGUAAAUCACACUUGUCAAAACGGUGGUUCUUGUGUGGAUGGCAUCAACAAUUUCACGUGUAACUGCCUUAAAGGGUAUACUGGGAGUCAUUGCCAGAUAGGUAUGCCGCUUUGAAGGAAAAAUUUGGCUUUCUCAUGGAAUACCAAUUUAACCAUUAGAAUAUAUACUUGAGACAAUUUGACAUGCACUUCUAAAAGAUCACUUACGUUAUAAAUUAUACUUCUAUGUUUUUGGCAGACAUUAACGACUGUGUUAAUCACUCAUGUUUGAACGGUGGGUCAUGUGUAGAUGAUGUAAACAAUUACACGUGUAGAUGCGUUCCAGGAUUUAAAGGAGAUCGCUGCGAGCAAAGUAAGAUUUUAUGGAAUUCUAUUGACAUUCAAUAACUAUUUCAUUUACUGUAAAUAAGGACAAUAAGGAAAGUUACAUAAGAACUCUGCAAGAAACGUUCGAUGAGAAAUGUUAUAAGUAAAUACUCUUUACACUUUUUCACUCCAGUCCAAGUGGAGGGAAAACUUAGGUGACUGGACUGAUAAAAAGUUGAUGAUUUCCUUGAAAGUUAUUAUUGUGUUUACAAACGAGAAAUUUGCUUUACAUAAGAAUAAACCAUUACCCACAUUAUAAGGCUUUCCUUGUGUAAUUAAUAAUGAUAUUGUUAUCGUUGUCUUGUUGUGGUUAAAUAUCCGGAAAAUAAAAAAAAAGUAUUUUUUUGUUAAGUUUUGUAAGGAAAUAAAUUAAUUUUUAUUAAUUUUGUAAACAUUAAUGACUGUGUAAAUCACACUUGUCGAAACGGUGUUUCUUUUGUGAAUAGCAUCAACAAUUUCAGGUGUAACUGCUUUAAGGGGUAUACUGGUAGCCCGGGGGGGGCACUUGAGUAUUUUUCGGGUGGGUAUGUGCCGCCCGGGACUCCAAAUUGGCACCCCGUUCUAAAAAAAAUUUCUCCUGAAAUUGAUACCCCGUUCUAGAAAUGGGCCAAUUUUUUAUACCCCGUUUUAGAAUUCGCUUUAAAACUGAUACCCCGUUCUAGAAAUGGGCCAAUUUUUUAUACUCCGUUCCAGGGUGCAACAAGAGUAUAACAGUUUGCUUGUUAACGCAUUGAACCGUAUUUUUAAAAGCAAUCUGUCCUUGAAUAAUUUCAAAUGGCUUCUUACAAAAGUGGAGCUUUCGUGCGUUCGAAAUAUUAUACCCCUUUCUAGAAAUCGCCUCUGAAAUGGAUACCCCGUUCUAAACCAGCAGCUUCAAAAUCACGACCCCGUUGGGCGGCACAUACCCGUAUAGGUAAUGUAUGGGAGUGCCCCCCCCGGGACUGGUAGUCACUGGCAGACAGGUAUGCAGCUUGCAAGGGAAAAUGUGCUUUCUUAUUGAAUGCCACUUCUAUCAUAGGAAUACUUCUUUCACCAGUAAUAAUUAUACUAUUACUGUGGCCUUGUAGUGGUUUAAUACCCGGAAAAGAACCAAGAAUUUUAAUAUUCAAUAAGUAAUAGAGGAAAACAACAUGCGUUUUUUAUUUGAUUUUUUAGUUAAUUUUGUAGCAUUUUUUUUUCCUUCUAGCCGUUUAAACUGUUCAUUUUAUCACUUUUGCUUGUUGUCAAUUUUGUACGGAAAUAAAUUAAGUCUUAUUGAAUUUACAGACAUUAAUGACUGUGUAAAUCACACUUGUCAAAACGGUGGUUCUUGUGUGGAUGGCAUUACCAAUUUCACGUGUAACUGCCUUAAAGGGUAUACUGGGAGUCAUUGCCAGACAGGUAUGCUGCUUUGAAGGAAUUUUUCAUUGAAUACCAAUUUAACCAUUAGAAUAAUUGAAACAACUUGAUUUGCACUUCUAAAAGAUCACGUACCUUUUACAUUAUACAUCUAUAUUUUUGGCAGACAUUGACAACUGCGUUAAUCACACAUGUUUGAACGGUGGGUCGUGUGUAGAUGAUGUAAACAACUACACGUGCAGAUGUGUUGGAGGAUUUAAAGGAGAUCGCUGCGAGAAAACUAAGAUUUUUUGGAAUUUCAAUGACAUUAACUAAUUUUUUUUCAUUUUCCAUAAGGACAAUAAGGAAAGUUAUAUAGGAACACUGCAAGAAACGUUCGAUGAGAAAUGUUAUAACUGAAUACUCCUGGAGUUAUUAAUACCUUUACACUCAAGUCGGGGUGGAGGUAGAACUUGCAUAACUACACUGAUAAAAAGUUGAUGAUUUUCGUUAAAUGUGAUUUUGUUUUCAAAAAACACCAUGGCUUCAACAGUUUCACGUGUAACUGGCUUAAAGGGUAUACUAAGAGUCAUUGCCAGACAGGCUUGCCGUUUUGAAGGAAGAAUUGGACUUUCUUAUUGAAUGCCAAUUUAACCAUUAAAAUACUUGAAACAAUUUGACUUGCACUUCUAAAAGAUCACUUUCGUUAUAAAUCAUGCUUCUAUGUUUUUGGCAGACAUUAACGACUGUGUUAAUCACACAUGUUUGAACGGUGGGUCGUGUGUAGAUGAGGUAAACAAUGACACGUGCAGAUGCGUUCCAGGAUUUAAAGGAGAUCGCUGCGAGAAAA